ACUCAAGACUUUACCGUGAGUAGCAAAUCGCGCCCAAACACGACAUCGUGGAGUGAUAGGGCCUCUUAUGCCCUGGCCCAAACUGCCAUGGCUACUGCAAAAAUGAAGUUAAUACUUCCACUAGUCGUUUGGAUAACGUCGCUGAACACAACGACUGCCCAAUCCUUCGGUGGGAUUGGAUUCGGUAUUAAACAAGAAGUGUUUUUUUUAAAUCUCGAGGACGGAUAUUUCGGUUGUCAAGUUAACGAGUCGACGGACGUUUUACAGUUAUUCGAAUUAUCAAAAUUAUGUGACGGAACGCCGAACUGCUAUCUUGGUUCCGAUGAGCUAACCAAAGAACUCAAAUGUACAGAUAAUUGCCGGAAAAACGAUCACUGCCAAAAAGAUGGCUGCCAUAAUGGUGCAUGUUUAGAUGGACAAUGUUACUGCAACGACGGAUUCGGAGGUUGCAGUUGCGAAGUUCCAGACGAAAAUGAAUGCAAAUACAGACCUUGUGACGUUUUUGCACACUGUACCAAUAGUCUCGGAAGUUUCCACUGCACCUGCUUUCCAGGUUAUCAAGGAAAUGGUUUCCACUGCGAGGAUAUUAAUGAAUGCGACGAUCCCGCAGUGGCAGCCAGAUGCGUGGAAAACUCAGAGUGUUGCAAUUUACCGGCACAUUUCUUAUGUAAAUGUUUACCAGGUUACGAGGGUGACGGAGAAGUUCAAUGUUUCGAUAUCGACGAAUGCCGUAAUCCUAACGCUUGUGGUUCUAACGCUAUAUGUCAAAACACACCUGGAAACUACACUUGCGUUUGUCCUGAAGGUUUCCACGGUAAUCCUUUCACAGGAUGCAACGAUUUGGACGAAUGUCAACAUCCGCACGCUUGUGGACCCGGUGCCAUAUGUCAAAACGUUAUUGGAGGUAGAGAAUGUUAUUGUCCACCAGGUUAUGAAGGUGACGCUUACACGACGGGUUGUGCGGAUACUGAUGAAUGCUCUAGAUCGAAUCCGUGCGGUAGAAACGCUCUUUGCGCAAAUUUAGACGGAAGUUUUAAAUGUACCUGCCCGCCAGGGUUCAUCGGAAAUCCGUUGACUGAAUGCUCAGAUAUUAACGAAUGUGAUUCAUCGCCUUGCGCCCCCGAAGCGACGUGUCUCAACUCUAACGGCAGCUAUUCAUGCUUGUGUCCCGAGGGAUAUACGGGCGCGGGCUUACUUAACGACGAUUGCCGAGAUAUCAACGAAUGCGAUCGAGCGAGCGCUUGCGGCAUUAACGCCCGCUGCAUUAAUGUACCCGGAUCCUACAAAUGCAUCUGCCCGCAGGGUUUCACCGGACAGGGACAUACUUACUGCGAAAAUAUAAAUGAAUGCUCCAACAAACCGUGCGGAGCUAACGCCGUUUGCAAAGAUACAGUAGGUAGUUUCGUCUGUAGCUGCAAAGAAGAUUUUACCGGAGAUCCGAUUCAAGGGUGUGUGGACAUUGAUGAAUGUACAACAUUGGAAUUACCUUGUGGAAGUCACGCUAUCUGCGAGAAUACAAGUCCGGGGUAUAACUGUAAAUGUCCCCAAGGAUACCAAGCUAAUCCCAAUCCAAAAGUAGCCUGCGAACAGAUUGACGUUAACAUACUAUGUAAAUCUAAUUUUGAUUGUACGAACAACGCCGAAUGUAUAGAAAAUCAAUGUUUCUGUCAAAAAGGUUUCGUCGCAAAAGGAUCAGUUUGCGUCGAUGUAGAUGAAUGUACAACGAAUCCAUGUGGAACGUUUUCAGUUUGUACUAAUACAAUCGGAAGUUUCACUUGUGGUUGCGAAAAUGGUUAUAUUGGAGCACCGCCAAAAAUUCAAUGUAAAGCUCCUUGCGAUGAUAUAUCUUGCGGAGAACAUUCUUUCUGUAAACCGGACGGUAACGAAGCUUACUGCAUUUGCGACGAUGGAUAUAACUUUAAUCCUAAUGAUAUUUCUUUAGGUUGUAUAGAUAUUGACGAAUGCGACACGGUAAUUGGUCCAAGUGGACGAUGCGGAGAAAACGCAAUAUGUACAAAUCUUCCGGGUACUUUCGCGUGCCAAUGCAAACCGGGUUUUUCGGGCAACCCUAAUAGCCAAUGUAAUGAUAUAAACGAAUGCUCGAAUCAAGAUUCAUGUGGUUCGAAUGCGAUUUGUACUAAUCUACCAGGUUCUUAUAUUUGCGAAUGUCCUGAAGGUACCAUACCAGAUCCGGAUCCAAAAACUAAAUGUAACGAGAUAGUAACCUGUAAUACCGAUAUAGAUUGUCCAGGAAAUGCUAUUUGUGAUAAGAAGAAACGAUGUUUAUGCCAGGAACCGAACAUCGGCAACGAUUGUAGACAUCCAUGUGAAACUACAAUUUGCGGUCCAAACGAAGAAUGCAUGCUGAUAAAUCAAGAAGCAAAGUGUAUAUGCAGCUCAGGCUUCACAGGUUCCGGCGUAGGUUGCGUAGACAUAGACGAGUGCGCUGGUAGCCCAUGUGCUUUAGGUGCUAUAUGUAAAAAUGAGCCGGGCGCUUUUUCUUGUCAAUGCCCCGGAGGAAUGAUCGGCGAUCCGUUCACAACGGGAUGUUUGAAAAGUAAAAGGCCAACCCAAUGUUCCGAUACCAAACCUUGUCCGAUUGGAGAACAAUGCAUUUUGGACGAGUACCUAAACGAAAACGUCUGUAUUUGCGUCCAAGGAUACGUUAGAGAUAAAAUAACUGGAAAAUGUAGAGAUAAUAACGAGUGUACUGAAUUAAAGGAGAAACCGGCUUGUGGUAUAAACGCUCUUUGUAAAAAUUUACCUGGAAGUUAUGAUUGUCAUUGUCCGCCUGGAUAUAACGGAAACCCUUUUCUAGAAUGUUUGGAAUGCAACAGUCCCGAUUGUCGCUGCCAACCUCCUUACAAACUGUUCGAUGGAAAUUGUGUAUUAGAUAGCUGCGGACCAGACGGGUCCUGUCCAAGUGGUGCUGAAUGUAUAACAAUCACAGGAGGUGUCAGUUAUUGCGCGUGUCCAAAAGGGUACAAAACUCUCCAAGACGGCUCUUGCGUCGAUAUAAAUGAAUGCGCAGAACAACAGAUUUGUGGAUACGGCGCAGCUUGCGUUAACACUCAAGGAGGUUAUGAAUGUCAUUGCCCUAAAGGUUAUACAGGCGAUGCAUACACUGGACAAUGCUCUCCGGCUCAAAAAAAAUGUAUCAACGACAAAGAAUGUUCGACUAAUGAAAAAUGCGUCCAACCAGGCGAAUGUAUAUGUUAUCCUCCUUUUUUCACCGAUCCAAAAGAUGGUAACAAAUGUAAGAGUCCAUGCGAACGAUUCGUUUGCGGUAUUAACGCCCAAUGCACUCCUUCUGAUCCUCCGAGGUGUAUGUGUGAACCAGGCUUCAAAGGAGAUCCGUCUCAAGGUUGUACAGACGUCGAUGAAUGCGAAGACAAUCCUUGUGCUUACGGAGCAAAUUGUAUCAAUCAAAAUGGUGGAUACAAAUGCGUCUGUCCCAAAGGCAUGACAGGAGAUGCUUACAAAGGUGGUUGUAUUUUAGAAGAACCCGGUACUGUUAAAUCUGAAUGUCAAUAUGACGAAGAUUGUGCCGGAAAUUUGAGUUGUCAAGAUAAUACUUGCGUUAGUUCUUGUGCUACAGUACUCUGUGGAAACCACGCCGUUUGCUACGCCGAAAAUCAUAAGGGAAAGUGUAAAUGCAAAGUUGGAUACGAGAAAAAUAGCAGAGGACAAUGUGUAUCAGCUUGCGAAGGAUUUAUUUGCGCCCCCGGAGCUCAAUGUAUCCUAACUUCGAACGGUCCAACCUGUAAAUGUUUAGAAGGACUUCUAGGAAAUCCCUUCCCUGGAGGACAAUGUUCAACUGACGUUUGUUCUAAAAAUAACCCUUGCGAAGAACCAAAUAUAUGCAUCAAUGGAAGAUGUAGACAAAGAUGUCAAGGAGUCGAGUGUGCUGUUGGAGCCCAUUGCGACAACUCUACAAAUAAAUGCGUUUGUGACCACAUGUUUGACGGAAAUCCUUACCUUCUCUGUAUGCCGACAAUUGAAAGACCCGAAUGUCAUCCAUCUUGUGGAAAAAAUGCACAUUGUGAAUACGGUCUAACCAACCAGUGCGUCUGUAAUACAGGUACAAUCGGAAAUCCGUACGAAUUAUGCGAAAGAAUCGAAAAGAAAACGUGUCAACCUAAUUCUUGUGGUAGUAAUGCUUCUUGUAAGGAAACGAUAAAUAGUAUCGAAUGUACUUGUGGUCGAGGAUUUACCGGCAAUCCUUAUAUCUCUUGUGAAGACAUCGACGAAUGUAAUAGUAAAGUAUGUGGCAACAGCGCCGUUUGUAUUAACACUCCAGGCAGUUUCGAUUGUCGAUGUAAAGAAGGUUACGCAGGAAAUCCGUUCGUUAUGUGUUCCCAAGUUCAAGGAGGUAUUUGUAAAGACCCCGAAGAUUGUCAAUGUAGUAAUAAAUUGUUAUGUCCUAAUGAAUAUACCUGUGAAAGAGGACAGUGUCAAAAUCUUUGUAAAGAUGUAAAAUGCGGACCAAAAGCUGCUUGUCAAGGCGGUAAAUGUGUUUGUUCGGAAAAUUACAAAGGCGAUCCGACGGAUCUUAUCAACGGUUGUCACCCAGAGGGACACUGCGAUAAUAAUUUAGAUUGCAACGAUAGCCAAAUUUGUUUCCAAUCAAAUAAAGGAGUUAGGAAAUGUGUAGACGCUUGCAGUAAAGUCCAAUGCGGACCGAACGCUCUUUGUUUAGCUCAAAACCACAAAUCUUCAUGCAUCUGCGCACCUGGUUACAACGGAAAUCCGGGCGAUCUUGAAUUCGGUUGUCAAUUAGAAGAAAGAGUCAAUAAAAGAAUAUGUAAAAACGACGCCGAUUGUAGUUUCGGUACUAUUUGCGCAGUAGACGUUACGGGUAUACAAAAAUGUAUCAGUCCUUGUGAAACCGUAGCGUGCGGACCUAACGAAAUGUGUCAAUUAGACGUAGGAGGACAUCCGACUUGCGCUUGUCGCGAAGAAUAUAUAUGGAACCCGGUGACUUCGGUUUGCGAAAAACCUUCAAUUUCCGAUUGUAAAUCUGACGAUGACUGUAAACUCGUAGAAGCUUGCCAACCAGAUGCUAUCGGAAUCCUCAAAUGUACUCACGCAUGCACUCACUUUACUUGUGGGGAAAACGCAGCUUGUGUAGCCGAAUCACAUAAAGCACAAUGUCAAUGCUUGGACGGUUAUACGGGUAAUCCCAAUGAUCGAGAUGGUUGCGUACCUCUUCUACAAAAUAAAUGCUUCACGGAUACACAAUGCUCCGAACAAGAAACUUGUAAGAAACACUCCGAACAUAAUGUACUGAUGUGUAUACCGGCUUGCGAACAAAUCACCUGCGGUCCAAAUGCUAUUUGCGUUGUUAACAAUCACGUACCACAAUGUCAGUGUCCGACAGGACAGUACGCAGGUGAUCCUAACGAUCUCAGCAAAGGUUGUAAUCUAGUACCGUGCGUCUACAACAUCGACUGUUUGCCGACGCAAUUGUGCAACCGAAUGACACAUAGCUGCACUUACAUAUGCGACGAGGAAUCUUGUGGAACUAACGCAGUAUGUAUAGCUGAAAAUCACAAAGCUACUUGUCAAUGUCCACCAGGUACUACCCCCAAUCCUACAGCUGAUAUAGAAUGCGUUACAAUUGACUUCUGUAAACCAAAUCCCUGUCACUCCAGCGCAAUAUGUAGACCGACAGCUGGAGGAUAUACUUGCUCUUGUCCACCAGGUACUAUUGGAGAACCGAACGUAUCCGGUUGUAAAAAAGAAGGUACUUGCUUAAAAGAAGAUAAUGAGUGUCCACCAACAUCUGUAUGCAAAAAUGGUAAAUGUAUUAAUCCUUGUGAAGAUACUACUUGCGGUCCCAAUAGCGUUUGUUCUGUAGAAAACCAUCAAGUCGUGUGCACUUGCUUAGCUAAAUACAUUCCAGCUAAAGAUGGUUGCGUACGUAUUUCUACAUCUUGUGAUAACGACAACGAUUGUGGCGAAGAAGUUUGUAUCAAUAAUCAAUGCAGGGCGAUUUGUAGGAGCAACAAAGACUGUUUAGUAGGGGAAACUUGUUAUCACAACACCUGCGUAGUGAGUUGUACGGAUCAUAGUCAAUGUUCCAUAGAUCAAGCGUGUGUUAACAAUACUUGCAUCAUCGGUUGUCGUAGCAAUAAAAACUGUCCAUCGAAACAUGCUUGCAUCAACAAUAAAUGCCAAGAUCCCUGCGAAAAAAUUGAUACUUGCGGACCGAAUUCGAUUUGUUCCUGUCAAGAUCACAAAACUAUAUGUAAAUGUCCCGAAGGAUUCGAGGGAAACCCAACACCACAACAAGGAUGCAUCAGAAUACCGUCUAUUUGCCAACAAGAUUCUCAGUGUGCGAAAGAUCACGUUUGCUCUCGCAACCAAUGCGGAUUAUCUUGUAAUAAUAAUAAACAAUGCGCAGUAGGGGAAAGAUGUUACGAAAAUAUCUGCGCAAAAGUAUGCUACAGUGACUCAAAUUGUUUACAAGGAGAAAUUUGUCGUAACGGAGUUUGUCUACCCGGUUGUAUACUAGAUAAAGAUUGUCGACAAUCGCAAGUUUGUAUACAAGAUCAAUGUAAAUGUCCUCCUGGAUUUAUAGAAUCAAUAAACGGUUGCACAGAUAUAGACGAAUGUAAAAAUCAUCCUUGCCACGAUACUGCAAUUUGUAAAAAUUCACCCGGAUCAUUUUCGUGUACGUGUCCAGAAAAUAAAGUCGGUAAUCCGCUAGAAGAUCCAGGAUGCACGGAAGCGGCUCAAUGCAGACGUGAUUCGCAAUGCGAAGAAAAUUUAGUUUGUAAAAAAGGGAAAUGUAUAGAUCCGUGCGAUAACAACCGCUGCGGACAGAGCGCUAUUUGCAACGUGACCAAGCAUAAAAUUUCUUGUACUUGUCCACCGAAACAUCUUGGAGAUCCGUACGAUUCGAACCUAGGCUGCUUUAAAGUGGAAUGUACUAAAGAUAACGAUUGCGAAUCACAUCAAUUUUGCGAUGAACAUUCCAAUAAAUGCGUCACAACCUGUGACGUGGUUAAUUGCGGUAAAGGAACCUGCUCGAGUGAAGAUCACAAGGCUUUAUGUACUUGUUUACCGGGUUACGCAUUUAACAAAGAUAAAUGUGAAGAUUUAAACGAAUGCGCUGUCUCAAAUCCUUGUCACUCGACCGCUACUUGUAUUAAUACAGACGGAGGAUUUACUUGCGUUUGCGCGGAAGGUUUAGUAGGAGAUCCAUCAACGACAGGUUGCCGUAAACCCGGUGAAUGUUCCGUAGACUCAGAUUGUCCGACUUUAGCAGCUUGUAUCAAUGAUAAAUGUAAAAACCCUUGCGAAAUUCCCGGUAUAUGUGGAUCGAAUGCGGAAUGUAUUCCUAUUGGACAUGUAGCAACCUGCAAAUGUCCUCCUCGCACUAAAGAAGAUGCUAAUCACAAUUGUAUAUCUAUAGAAUGUUUGGACAACAACGAUUGUGCGCAAGAUAAGGCUUGCAUCGAAACGAAAUGUCAAAAUCCUUGUACUGUGCCGAAUGUUUGCGGUGAAAAAGCGGUAUGCGUACCAAACAACCAUGUCAGUAUAUGCGCUUGUCAACCGGGGACUACAGGUGAUCCUCGACUCGGUUGUGUAUCCCUACAAUACUGUGGAGAAGAUAAACAAUGUCCUUCUGGACUCAAAUGCUACAACGGACUUUGUAUGUCGAUCUGUACGAACGUAAGAGAAUGUAUACAAGAUCAACUAUGUAUACAAGGUAUCUGUCAACCAACUUGUCAAACUAACUCCUCUUGUCCUGAUUAUCAAUUCUGUUCUAACAACGUUUGUGUUCAAGAGCAAAAAUGUAAAAACAAUCCCGAUUGCGGUAGCGAAGAAAAAUGUGUAACUGAUUCUUUAGGUAGGAGUGAAUGUAUUGACGCGUGCGCAGGUGUUCUUUGCGGAAGAAACGCCGAAUGUACAUCCAAAAACCACAAAGCUUCUUGUCAUUGCAAAACUGGAUUCAAAGGAAAUCCCUACGACGAUAAAAUCGGUUGUCAAGAGAUCGAAUGCGAAACCAGUGAUCAAUGUUCGAACGACAAACUUUGCGAUCAAUACAUGUGUAAAAUCGCGUGUUUGGUAAACAAUCCUUGCGGUAAAAACGCCUUAUGCUCGGCAGAAAGCCACAAGCAAGUCUGCUACUGCCAACCGGGCUACACCGGAGAUCCUAUCAAAGGUUGUCACAUGAUAGAUUUUUGUAAAGAUAAACCGUGCGGACCAAACGCCUUAUGCUAUAAUUCCAGAGGAUCCUUCAGAUGUCAAUGCCCACUCGGAACUGUCGGAGAUGCUUACAACAACGGUUGUAAUCCGCCUGUUGAAUGUAACAGAGAUUCUGAUUGUCCGGUAAAAACGAAAUGCGACAAAACCAACGGUAUCCACAAGUGUAAAGACGUAUGCGACAAAAAAAUAUGCGGUUCGAACGCUGAAUGCGUAGCACUAGAUCACGCUGGCUAUUGUACUUGUAGAAACGGUUACCAGGGAAACGCGACCGAUCAAAACGUCGGUUGUAAACCUAGGUUGGUUAGCUGUAAAGCAACAUCUGACUGUCCGUCAAACAGUUAUUGUCACGAUGGAGUUUGUAGCCCACCGUGUGAAACUGAUCAAGAAUGUCAAUUCACCGAGAAUUGUUUGAAAGGCCAAUGUUUGAAUCCUUGUUCUUUGUCCGCUUCCUGUGGAAUUAACGCUAUUUGUAAAAUGGAAAAUCAUAUCAAAGCUUGUAGCUGUCCGGUUGGAUUUACUGGAAAAGCAGACGUGGAAUGCGUGAGACUUGCAGUUUCGUGUUCUACGAACAAAGAUUGUUCCAACAUCACAAUUUGCAAAGAAAACAUGUGUACGUUACAAUGCAAAGCCGACAACGAUUGCGCUUUUAACGAAAAAUGUCUUAAAGGAAACUGCCAAUUAACCUGUAGAGUAGACAACGAUUGUUUCCUAGGCCACAUUUGCGUCGGCAAUAUGUGCUUACACGGUUGCCACAACGACGACGACUGCACCAGCAGUGAAUCUUGUAGAAAUAACAAAUGUAUAAAUCCUUGCAAAGAGAACCCAUGCGGUCCGAACGCGGUUUGUUCAGUUUCUGAUCACCGGGCGAUGUGCUCUUGCGGAAAAGGUUUAGUACCAAAUCCUUCGGCUACCAUCGGUUGCGUUAGAGCCCCACCGCAAAUUUGUAGAGAAAAUCGUGAAUGUCCUACUGGAAACGCUUGCAUAGAAAGAUCUUGUCGAUUGGUCUGUUCUUCGGAUAACAAUUGCUUGGGUAACGAAAAGUGCGAAGCGUCAACAAAAGUAUGUAAACCGAUUUGCAGACAAGACGCUGAUUGUAGUAACGAUGAAAUCUGCGACGGUUUGGUCUGUGUAGUAGGAUGUAGAAGCGAUACAAAAUGCCCUUCGGAUCAAGCUUGUAUCAACGGAAAAUGCGUUGAUUUAUGCGCCGUACCUACAGCAUGCGGAAUCAACGCUGAAUGCGCUAUAAUUGAUCAUAAGAAAAUCUGCAGUUGUCCCCCACCUCUUAUUGGUGAUCCUUUGGACGGAUGCAAACAUACAGUGAAACUAUGUGAAGGAAAUAGUGAUUGUACCAAAGGAAAUGUUUGUCAUGGAGGAAUAUGUCACACAAGCUGUAAACUGGAUCAUAAUUGUUUAGCUAACGAGAAAUGUAUAAGAGGUGUUUGCAAAACCAUUUGUAAUUCUGACACGGCUUGUAAUGCCAAUCACAUUUGCGAGAAUAGAAUAUGCGAGAUUGGAUGUCGUAGCGAUAGCGUUUGUUCACCUGACAAGGCUUGCAUCGACAACAAAUGUCAAAAUCCUUGCGAAAAAACAACGACGUGCGGAGUUUGCGCGCAAUGUCUAGUAAAUAACCACGUCGCUCAAUGCAGCUGUCCCGUUAACUUUUUAGGUAACCCGCAAAAAUCUUGCUCGCAACCAGCGAUCAAAUGUAACUCCGAUUGCGAAUGUGACGAAGUGGGCGGUUAUUGCACAAAACGGUGUUCGACAACAGAAGAUUGCGCGUGCGGAGAAUCAUGCGUGAAUAAGAAAUGCCGCAAUAAAUGUUCCGCUUCAACGCCCUGCGCGCAAGGUCAAAUAUGCACGAGAGGCGCUUGUCUACCGGGAUGCAGAUCCAGCAACGAUUGCCCGAAUUCUGAUAUUUGUAAUAACAGAAAAUGCGAAAAUCCUUGUAACGCGAACGCUUGCGGAAAGAACGCUGUUUGCACAUCGGCAGAUCAUAGAAAAGUAUGUCUCUGCCCUAACGGUUACAAAGGAGAUCCAAACAGAUCCUGUAAACCUUUCGAAUGUCGAAAAGAUUCCGAUUGCGAAUCGAACAAAAAAUGCGGCGAAGACGGUGCUUGUAGGAAUCCGUGCUUAGAGAAAAACGCUUGUGGAAUAAACGCUCAAUGUAGAGUAGUUGAACGACAACCACUUUGUACUUGCCCGCCCGGUUACCUCGGCAAUGCACUCAUCGAAUGUAAACAAGGUCGUACCGAAGAAUGUUUAAAGAACCCCUGCGGACCGAACGCCAAAUGUAGGGAAAAAGAAGACGGAGGAUUCGAAUGUGUAUGUUCGACUGGAUGUAUAGGGGACGCUUACAGGGGAUGCGUUUGCGAAGGACAAUUGGUUAAUUUAUGUAAAAAUAAAUUAUGCGGCGCCGGGGCGUUAUGUAGAGUAGUUAAUGGUAAAGACGCUCAAUGUUAUUGUCCACAAAAUAAACCGGCCGGUGAUCCCACGAUCGAAUGUUCUAUUGAGAAAACAACUCCAGAUUGUCGUACUGAAGGUUGUGGCAAAAAUUCGGAAUGUAUUCGAGAGAAUGCAUUCUUCGUUUGCCGUUGUUUGCCAGGAUAUUCAGGUAGUCCUGACAAAGGAUGUAAGCGGGCUGCUGAAUGUAACAGCGACUUAGAAUGCCCUCAAGAUAAAGCUUGCCUCAACUUCCAAUGUGUUAAUCCUUGUACUUUGAGAGGAGCCUGCGGUUUGAACGCCCUCUGCGAGACCAUACUACACAGACCGAGAUGUUCAUGUCCGGAAUGCUACAAUGGUAUCGCUAGUACAGCUUGUCAUCCGGACGAAAAAUGUUUGCAAGUAAACGGAAGACCCAACAAGAUUCACUGUUUGUCCAAUAAUGACUGUUCAGAUAAUUUAGCUUGUGAAAUAGCUACAGGAGAAUGUAUAGAUCCUUGUGAAAAUAAAGCCUUCAAAUGUAGAGGAAAUAAAAAGUGCGAAGUACACCAUCAUAGACCGACGUGUGUGUGUAAGAAAGGUUUUCUGGUAAACGAUAAAGGCGAGAUUUCUUGCGCACCCGACGAUACUGAAUGCUAUCAAGACAGCCAUUGUUCAGACAAGAAAGCGUGCAUCGAAGGUAUCUGUCAAAAUCCGUGUACGGCAACGACCAAAUCGCCAUGCCCACCAGAAAAAAGUUGCGAUGUUUCUAACCACAAACCGGUGUGUAUCUGCUUAAAGAAUUGUACACCUUCACUAUCCAUUUGUCUGAGAGAUAAUGGAUGUCCUGCAGAUCAAAGUUGUAGAGCUUUUAGAUGCGAAGAUCCCUGCAAAACUGCCAAUUGCCCGGAAAAUACUCCGUGCUUCGUGGAAGAUCACAAACCAAAAUGCCAGUACUGUCCUCCAGGUUUUAAAACAGAUCCUAAAUAUGGAUGCGUUAAAGAUGUUCAAUGCCGCUCACAUGAUGAGUGUACUUCGCAGCUAGCAUGUAUAAACAAAAAAUGUCAAAAUCCUUGCGCCGUAUCGAACCCGUGUACGCAGUCACAUGACUGUAAAGUACAAGACCAUCAACCAGUAUGUGUUAAAGUAUGCCAGUGCCAAAGAAAUGAAGAUUGUGGAAAUGUUAACUUCCAAUGCAACGGCUGUCAAUGCGUGCCGGGAGAACCUAGAAUACCCCUAUGUACACACUGUCCGCCGGGUUUAUCAUGUGACCCUAUAACAGGAGCGUGCCAUGAGGAUAUGGUGACCACACCCGCCCCACUAACCGAAACACAAAAUGUGACUUUUUCACAAAUAACAAACGCUACUACCUCUACUACCAAUCUAACAUUUACCCAGCCUGGCAUAACAAACACCAAGGAAAUUAUCGCAACAUAUACAACUACGUAUCAACCAAUCGAAUCGCGAACAUUCCCAGAAGAGAUGGAAACUACCACAGGAAAAGUUGUAUUAUAUCCCGAAACUACUACGACAAGUACUUAUGAAGAAAUAUCUACUGAAAAACCAUCAAUUAUAACGAGUAUUUAUACUACUUUAACAUCUAUAUUUACUACUACUGAAAAGAGUAUUACCCCUCCAGUUACUACCGCUAAUGAGGAAACUACUGAAGGAAGUUCACGUGGAGAACAUGAAAUUACCACCGAAGCAAUGACAUUCGGAACAGAAAAAGGAUCCAAUUUAACAACAUCGGGUCUAAAUCAAGAAACUUCAAUUGGAUAUACCUCGUCUCAAUUGCCUGAAAUAUCUACAAUACGCCAGACUGAGACAACUCGGGAAGAAUAUACACCGGAGGAAUCGCCAAAAACGAAGGUGACUCAAGAAAAUGAAAUAACCAAUGACGUGAAGACGACAUCAGGAAGAGAAUAUACAACGAAAGAAUAUGUUGGAACAACAACGAUAAGUCUAGAAACGUCAUCUGCUGAACAGACUCAAGGUACUGAGAGGUCACGAGGCAUGGAGAUGACAACAGAAGUAGAAUAUACAACGAGGCAAUCGCCACAGACAACAACAAUCGGUCUAGAAACGUCUUCAGCUGAACAGACUCAGGGUACUGAGACGCCCAGAGGCGUGGAGAUGACAACAGAAGGAGAAUAUACAACAAAGCAAUUACCACAAUCAACAACGAUAGGUCUAGAAACAUCUUUAGCUGAACAGACUCAGGGUACUGAGACGCCCAGAAGCGUGGAGAUGACAACAGAAGGAGAAUAUACAACAAAGCAAUUGCUACAAACAACAACGAUAGGUCUAGAAACAUCUUCAGCUAAACAGACUCAGGGUACUGAUACGCCCAGAGGCGUGGAGAUGACAACAGAAGGAGAAUAUACAACAAAGCAAUUGCUACAAACAACAACGAUAGGUCUAGAAACAUCUUCAGCUAAACAGACUCAGGGUACUGAUACGCCCAGAGGCGUGGAGAUGACAACAGAAGGAGAAUAUACAACAAAGCAAUUGCCACAAACAACAACGAUAGGUCUAGAAACAUCUUCAGCUGAACAGUCUCAGGGUACUGAGUCGCCCAGAGGCGUGAAGAUGACAACAGAAGGAGAAUAUACAACAAAGCAAUUGCUACAAACAACAACGAUAGGUCUAGAAACAUCUUCAGCUGAACAGAGUCAGGGUACUGAUACGCCCAGAGGCGUGGAUAUGACAAAAGAAGGAGAAUACACAAUAAAGCAAUUGCCACAAACAACAACGAUAGGUCUAGAAACAUCUUUAGCUGAACAGACUCAGGGUACUGAGACGCCCAGAGGCGUGGAGAUGACAACAGAAGGAGAAUAUACAACAAAGCAAUUGCCACAAACAACAACGAUAGGUCUAGAAACAUCUUCAGAUGAACAGACUCAGGGUACUGAUACGCCCAGAGGCGUGGAUAUGACAAAAGAAGGAGAAUAUACAAUAAAGCAAUUGCCACAAACAACAACGAUAGGUCUAGAAACAUCUUUAGCUGAACAGACUCAGGGUACUGAGACGCCCAGAGGCGUGGAGAUGACAACAGAAGGAGAAUAUACAACAAAGCAAUUGCCACAAACAACAACGAUAGGUCUAGAAACAUCUUCAGCUAAACAGACUCAGGGUACUGCGACGCCCAGAGGCGUGGAGAUGACAACAGAAGGAGAAUAUACAACAAAGCAAUUGCCACAAACAACAACGAUAGGUCUAGAAACAUCUUCAGCUGAACAGUCUCAGGGUACUGAGACGCCCAGAGGCGUGGAGAUGACAACAGAAGGAGAAUAUACAAUGAAUCAAUUGCCACAAACAACAACGAUAGGUCUAGAAACAUCUUCAGCUGAACAGUCUCAGGACACUGAGACGCCCAGAGGCGUGGAGAUGACAACAGAAGGAGAAUAUACAAUAAAGCAAUUGCCACAAACAACAACGAUAGGUCUAGAAACAUCUUUAGCUGAACAGACUCAGGGUACUGAGACGCCCAGAAGCGUGGAGAUGACAACAGAAGGAGAAUAUACAACAAAGCAAUUGCCACAAACAACAACGAUAGGUCUAGAAACAUCUUCAGCUGAACAGACUCAGGGUACUGAUACGCCCAGAGGCGUGGAUAUGACAAAAGAAGGAGAAUAUACAAUAAAGCAACUGCCACAAACAACAACGAUAGGUCUAGAAACAUCUUUAGCUGAACAGACUCAGGGUACUGAGACGCCCAGAGGCGUGGAGAUGACAACAGAAGGAGAAUAUACAACAAAGCAAUUGCCACAAACAACAACGAUAGGUCUAGAAACAUCUUCAGCUAAACAGACUCAGGGUACUGAGACGCCCAGAGGCGUGGAGAUGACAACAGAAGGAGAAUAUACAACAAAGCAAUUGCCACAAACAACAACGAUAGGUCUAGAAACAUCUUCAGCUGAACAGUCACAGGGUACUGAGACGCCCAGAGGCGUGGAGAUGACAACAGAAGGAGAAUAUAUAACGAAGCAAUCGCCACAGACAACAACAGUAGGUUUAGGAACAUUUUCAGCUGAACAGACUCAAGAUACUGAGAUGCCCAGAGGCGUGGAGAUGACAACAGAAGGAGAAUAUACAACAAAGCAAUUGCCACAAACAACAACGAUAGGUCUAGAAACAUCUUCAGCUGAACAGUCACAGGGUACUGAUACGCCCAGAGGCGUGGAGAUGACAACAGAAGGAGAAUAUACAACAAAGCAAUUGCCACAAACAACAACGAUAGGUCUAGAAACAUCUUCAGCUAAACAGACUCAGGGUACUGAGACGCCCAGAGGCGUGGAGAUGACAACAGAAGGAGAAUAUACAACAAAGCAAUUGCCACAAACAACAACGAUAGGUCUAGAAACAUCUUCAGCUGAACAGUCACAGGGAACUGAGACGCCUAGAGGCGUGGAGAUGACAACAGAAGGAGAAUAUACAACAAAGCAAUUGCCACCAACAACAACGAUAGGUCUAGAAACAUCUUCAGCUGAACAGUCUCAGGGUACUGAGACGCCCAGAGGCGUGGAGAUGACAACAGAAGGAGAAUAUACAAUAAAGCAAUUGCCACAAAUAACAACGAUAGGUCUAGAAACAUCUUCAGCUGAACAGUCUCAGGGUACUGAGACGCCCAGAGGCGUGGAGAUGACAACAGAAGGAGAAUAUACAAUAAAGCAAUUGCCACAAAUAACAACGAUAGGUCUAGAAACAUCUUCAGCUAAACAGACUCAGGGUACUGAGACGCCCAGAGGCGUGGAGAUGACAACAGAAGGAGAAUAUACAACAAAGCAAUUGCCACAAACAACAACGAUAGGUCUAGAAACAUCUUCAGCUGAACAGUCACAGGGAACUGAGACGCCUAGAGGCGUGGAGAUGACAACAGAAGGAGAAUAUACAACAAAGCAAUUGCCACCAACAACAACGAUAGGUCUAGAAACAUCUUCAGCUGAACAGUCUCAGGGUACUGAGACGCCCAGAGGCGUGGAGAUGACAACAGAAGGAGAAUAUACAAUAAAGCAAUUGCCACAAAUAACAACGAUAGGUCUAGAAACAUCUUUAGCUGAACAGACUCAGGGUACUGAGACGCCCAGAAGCGUGGAGAUGACAACAGAAGGAGAAUAUACAACAAAGCAAUUGCCACAAACAACAACGAUAGGUCUAGAAACAUCUUCAGCUGAACAGUCACAGGGUACUGAGACGCCCAGAGGCGUGGAGAUGACAACAGAAGGAGAAUAUAUAACGAAGCAAUCGCCACAGACAACAACAGUAGGUUUAGGAACAUUUUCAGCUGAACAGACUCAAGGUACUGAGACGCCCAGAGGCGUGGAGAUGACAACAGAAGGAGAAUAUAUAACAAAGCAAUCGCCACAGACAACAACAGUAGGUUUAGGAACAUUUUCAGCUGAACAGACUCAAGGUACUGAGACGCCCAGAGGCGUGGAGAUGACAACAGAAGGAGAAUAUACAACAAAGCAAUUGCCACAAACAACAACGAUAGGUCUAGAAACAUCUUCAGCUGAACAAACUCAGGAUACUGAGACGCCCAGAGGCGUGGAGAUGACAACAGAAGGAGAAUAUACAACAAAGCAAUUGCCACAAACAACAACGAUAGGUCUAGAAACAUCUUCAGCUGAACAGUCACAGGGUACUGAGACGCCCAGAGGCGUGGAGAUGACAACAGAAGGAGAAUAUAUAACGAAGCAAUCGCCACAGACAACAACAGUAGGUUUAGGAACAUUUUCAGCUGAACAGACUCAAGGUACUGAGACGCCCAGAGGCGUGGAGAUGACAACAGAAGGAGAAUAUGCAACAAAGCAAUUGCCACAAACAACAACGAUAGGUCUAGAAACAUCUUCAGCUGAACAGUCACAGGGUACUGAGACGCCCAGAGGCGUAAAGAUGACAACAGAAGGAGAAUAUACAACAAAGCAAUUGCCACAAACAACAACGAUAGGUCUAGAAACAUCUUCAGCUGAACAAACUCAGGAUACUGAGACGCCCAGAGGCGUGGAGAUGACAACAGAAGGAGAAUUUACAACAAAGCAAUUGCCACAAACAACAACGAUAGGUCUAGAAACAUCUUCAGCUGAACAGACUCAGGGUACUGAGACGCCCAGAGGCGUGGAGAUGACAACAGAAGGAGAAUAUACAACAAAGCAAUUGCCACAAACAACAACGAUAGGUCUAGAAACAUCUUCAGCUGAACAGACUCAGGGUACUGAGACGCCCAGAGGCGUGGAGAUGACAACAGAAGGAGAAUAUACAACAAAGCAAUUGCCACAAACAACAACGAUAGGUCUAGAAACAUCUUCAGCUGAACAGUCACAGGGUACUGAGACGCCCAGAGGCGUAAAGAUGACAACAGAAGGAGAAUAUAUAACGAAGCAAUCGCCACAGACAACAACAGUAGGUUUAGGAACAUUUUCAGCUGAACAGACUCAAGGUACUGAGACGCCCAGAGGCUUGGAGAUGACACCAGAAGGAGAAUAUACAACACAGCAAUUGCCACAAACAACAACGAUAGGUCUAGAAACAUCUUCAGCUGAACAGUCACAGGGUACUGAGACGCCCAGAGGCGUGGAGAUGACAACAGAAGGAGAAUAUACAACACAGCAAUUGCCACAAACAACAACGAUAGGUCUAGAAACAUCUUCAGCUGAACAGUCACAGGGUACUGAGACGCCCAGAGGCGUGGAGAUGACAACAGAAAGAGAAUAUAUAACGAAGCAAUCGCCACAGACAACAACAGUAGGUUUAGGAACAUUUUCAGCUGAACAGACUCAAGGUACUGAGACGCCCAGAGGCUUGGAGAUGACACCAGAAGGAGAAUAUACAACACAGCAAUUGCCACAAACAACAACGAUAGGUCUAGAAACAUCUUCAGCUGAACAGUCACAGGGUACUGAGACGCCCAGAGGCGUGGAGAUGACAACAGAAGGAGAAUAUACAACAAAGCAAUUGCCACAAACAACAACGAUAGGUCUAGAAACAUCUUCAGCUGAACAAACUCAGGAUACUGAGACGCCCAGAGGCGUGGAGAUGACAACAGAAGGAGAAUAUACAACAAAGCAAUUGCCACAAACAACAACGAUAGGUCUAGAAACAUCUUCAGCUGAACAGACUCAGGGUACUGAGACGCCCAGAGGCGUGGAGAUGACAACAGAAGGAGAAUAUACAACAAAGCAAUUGCCACAAACAACAACGAUAGGUCUAGAAACAUCUUCAGCUGAACAGACUCAGGGUACUGAGACGCCCAGAGGCGUGGAGAUGACAACAGAAGGAGAAUAUACAACAAAGCAAUUGCCACAAACAACAACGAUAGGUCUAGAAACAUCUUCAGCUGAACAGUCACAGGGUACUGAGACGCCCAGAGGCGUAAAGAUGACAACAGAAGGAGAAUAUAUAACGAAGCAAUCGCCACAGACAACAACAGUAGGUUUAGGAACAUUUUCAGCUGAACAGACUCAAGGUACUGAGACGCCCAGAGGCUUGGAGAUGACACCAGAAGGAGAAUAUACAACACAGCAAUUGCCACAAACAACAACGAUAGGUCUAGAAACAUCUUCAGCUGAACAGUCACAGGGUACUGAGACGCCCAGAGGCGUGGAGAUGACAACAGAAGGAGAAUAUAUAACGAAGCAAUCGCCACAGACAACAACAGUAGGUUUAGGAACAUUUUCAGCUGAACAGACUCAAGGUACUGAGACGCCCAGAGGCUUGGAGAUGACACCAGAAGGAGAAUAUACAACACAGCAAUUGCCACAAACAACAACGAUAGGUCUAGAAACAUCCUCAGCUGAACAGUCACAGGGUACUGAGACGCCCAGAGGCGUGGAGAUGACAACAGAAGGAGAAUAUACAACACAGCAAUUGCCACAAACAACAACGAUAGGUCUAGAAACAUCUUCAGCUGAACAGUCACAGGGUACUGAGACGCCCAGAGGCGUGGAGAUGACAACAGAAGGAGAAUAUAUAACGAAGCAAUCGCCACAGACAACAACAGUAGGUUUAGGAACAUUUUCAGCUGAACAGACUCAAGGUACUGAGACGCCCAGAGGCGUGGAGAUGACAACAGAAGGAGAAUAUACAACAAAGAAAUUGCCACAAACAACAACGAUAGGUCUAGAAACAUCUUCAGCUGAACAGACUCAGGGUACUGAGACGCCCAGAGGCGUGGAGAUGACAACAGAAGGAGAAUAUACAACAAAGCAAUUGCCACAAACAACAACGAUAGGUCAAGAAACAUCUUCGGCUGAACAGUCACAGGGUACUGAGACGCCCAGAGGCGUAAAGAUGACAACAGAAGGAGAAUAUAUAACGAAGCAAUCGCCACAGACAACAACAGUAGGUCUAGAAACUUUUUCAGCUGAACAGACUCAAGGUACUGAGACGCCCAGAGGCUUGGAGAUGAUAACAGAAGGAGAAUAUGAAAAAACUGAAUCUGUCGGACCAACAACGAUCGGUCUAGAAACAUCUUCAGCUAAACAGACUCAGGGUACUGAGACGCCCAGAGGCGUGGAGAUGACAACAGAAGGAGAAUAUACAACAAAGCAAUUGCCACAAACAACAACGAUAGGUCUAGAAACAUCUUCAGCUGAACAGACUCAGGAUACUGGGACGCCCAGAGGCGUGGAGAUGACAACAGAAGGAGAAUAUACAACAAAGCAAUUGCCACAAACAACAACGAUAGGUCUAGAAACAUCCUCAGCUGAACAGACUCAGGAUACUGAGACGCCCAGAGGCGUGGAGAUGACAACAGAAGGAGAAUAUACAACAAAGCAAUUGCCACAAACAACAACGAUAGGUCUAGAAACAUCUUCAGCUGAACAGACUCAGUGUACUAAGACGCCCAGAGGCGUGGAGAUGACAACAGAAGGAGAAUAUACAACAAAGCAAUUGCUACAAACAACAACGAUAGGUCUAGAAACAUCCUCAGCUGAACAGGCUCAGGGUUUUGAGACGCCCAGAGGCUUGGAUAUGAUAACUGAAGGAGAAUAUAUAACGAAGCAAUCGCCACAGACAACAACAGUAGGUCUAGAAACAUUUUCAGCUGAACAGACUCAAGGUACUGAGACGCCCAGAGGCUUGGAGAUGAUAACAGAAGGAGAAUAUGAAAAAACGGAAUCUGUCGGACCAACAACGAUCGGUCUAAAUACGCCUUCACUUGAGUUAACUCUAGGAACUGAGACAACUAGAGGCGUAGAUAUAACAACAGAAGGAGAAUAUACAACAAAGCAAUCACCACAAACAACAACGAUAGGUCUAGAAACGUCUUCAGUUGAACGGACUCAAGUUACUGAGACGCCAAGAGGCGUGGAGAUGACAACAGAAGGAGAAUAUACAACAAAGCAAUCGCCACAAUCAACAACGAUAGGUCAAGAAACAUCUUCAGUUGAACAGACUCAGGGUACUGGGACACCCAGAGGCUUGGAGAUGAUAACAGAAGGAGAAUAUGAAACAACGGAAUCUGUCGGAACAACAACAAUCGAUCUAGAAACGUCUUCAGCUGAACAGACUCAGGAUACUGAUCAGACUCAAGGUACUGAGACCACAAGAGGCGUGGAGAUGACAACAGAAGAAGAAUAUAUAACACAAUCGCCACAGACAACAACUAUAGGUCAAGAAACAUCUUCAGCUGAGCCGACUCAGGGUACUGAGACGCCCAGAGGCGUGGAGAUGACAACAGAAAGAGAGUAUACAACAAAGCAAUCUCGACAAACAACAACGAUAGGUCUAGAAACAUCUUCAGCUGAACCGACUCAGGGUACUGAGACGCCCAGAGGCGUGGAGAUGACAACAGAAAGAGAGUAUACAACAAAGCAAUCUCGACAAACAACUACGAUAGGUCAAGAAACAUCUUCAGCUGAACCGACUCAGGGUACUGAGACGCCCAGAGGCGUGGAGAUGACAACAGAAGGAGAUCAUAAAACAACGGAAUCUGUAGGAACAACAACUAUCGGUCUAAAGUCGCCUUCAGUUGAGUUAACUCAAGGACUUGAGACAACUAGAGGUGUAGAUAUAACAACAGAAGGAGAAUAUACAACCAAGGAAUCGCCACAGACAGAAGUAGAAUAUGAAACAACGAAAUCUGUCGGAACAACAACGAUAGGUCUAGAAACGUCUCCAGUUAACCAAACUCAGGAAACUGAAGCAACUAGUGGCAUAGAAAUGACAACGGAUGGAGAAUAUUCAACGAAGAAAUUGCCACAUACAACAACAAUAGGUUUUGAGACGUCUUCACCUGGGUUGUCUCUAGGAAUAUCGGACAUAGACUUAUCAACAAAAGGAGAAUAUGCUACAAUAGAAUUUGUUGGAACAACAACUGUAAGCGAGGCGAUCUCAGAUAUACCGGAAGUGUCAACACCCCCCGAAGAUAAAGUAUUAGUCUAUGCUGAAACCACUGCCUCUGAAGAUAUUGUUACUGUCACUCCUUAUUACGUCACAAUUCCGUCUAAAGAAAUAGAAGAAUCAAUCACUACUGAAAUACAAGUUCAAUCAACUACAGGCCAAAUAACUACGUACGUCUUUGAAGACACUACAGUCGAACCAUUAGAGUUCAGGACUCUACCUGAGGAAAUGGAUACUGCUACAGAAGGAAUUGCUUUUAUUCACCCCGAAACAACUACUGCUCAAUUAUAUAUAACAGUAACUCCUGAAUAUCCAUCUAUUGAAACAUCAAUGGUACCUGGGGACUCACAAUCAGAAAUCAAAUUGACUAAAGAGUCAUCGACAACAAGUGACAUCCAUAUCACUUCUGUAACGGAACCAAUAUUGAAUCUAACUACUCAAGGACUUAGUCAAAUUUCAUUGGAAACAGCUGAUAAUGUAACAAGUACUGUAUAUCAACCAACAGAAGUAGAGCUCCCAGAAACCAAAGAAAAAUCUUUAGAAAUGACUUCAGGAGCGCAACCUAUCGAGGCUGAAGUGACAACUACAAGCACAAAUCGACCUUUUAUUACUCACGUAACAAAAAUAUCUGAAAGUGGUGGAGGAGAAGAAUCAACUACCUUACAAAGUACUAAAUCUUCAGUAGAAGUGAUAACAAAAAGCGGCGAAACUACUCUUGGCACUCAGCUCACUGUUUCUCCUCCAGAAAAUCAGAAAACUACAAGAUCCGAAUCUUCAGUAGAAACUACUUUCAUAUCAACAACUACAGCGAAAAUAUCUGAAAUUACUGAAGAAAUUCAAUCAGCUACAAGUGAGGAAACAACAAGGACACAUUCAGAUGGAUUGACUACGAUAACAGGAAGCGAAGAAUCUACUUUUGCUACCAAGUCCAGCGCUCCUUCAGAAACCCAAGGAAGUACUUUUGUACCAAGCACUACAAUGGAAUUAUCUAAAAGUACUGAAGGAAUCAAUUCAGCUGUCAUAAGUGAGGAAUCAACGUAUGUAACUGAAUCAUCUCUGACUGUAACUACUUCACAAAGUACUGAAGCUUCAACGAAAUCGAAGACAGGAAGCGAGACAACUACUUCUGUCGCCGACUCCAGUACUAUUUCAUUGCAAAGCCAGGAAACUACUCCUAUACCAAGCACUACAAUGGAAUUAUCUAAAAGUACUGAAGGAAUCAAUUCAACUGUCAUAAGUGAGGAAUCAACGUAUGUAACUGAAUCAUUUCUUACUGUAACUACUUCACAAAGUACGGAAGCUUCAACGAAACUGAGAAGCGAUACAACUACUUCUGUCACCGACUCCAGUACUAUUUCAUUGCAAAACCAGGAAGCUACUUCUAUACCAAGCACUACAAUGGAAUUAUCUAAAAGUACUGAAGGAAUCAAUUCAACUGACAUAAGUGAGGAAUCAACGUAUAUAACAGAAUCAUCUUCUACUGUAAUUACCUCACAACGUACGGAAUCUUCAAUUGAAACUACUUUUAUAUCAACCGCUAUAGGAGAAACAACUGAAUCAACUAUCACAAGUGAGAGAACUAGAUAUGAAACAGAAUCUCCUUCACAAACUACUGAAAACGAAACAACGAGUGAAAAACCAACAACCUUCUUUUAUCAUUCUACCAGUUGGUUACCAAUAACAACAGUAAGAACUGGAAAAGAAUUUGUUACCACAGAGUACCCUGCUAAACCAUUUUCAGAAAUAAUCACAAUUACAGAAAGUACUGCGACAGAAAGAACUAGUGAACAAUUUCUUACAGAAUCGUCUACACUAAAUGUAACAGAAAGUAUUGCAACUACUACGUUUGCAGAAAGUUUGAGUACCAUAUCCAAUUUCACUGCGGAAACAAUGACCUCAACAUUACCAACCACUGUAGGUAGUACUUCCACAGAGGGAUUAGCAGAAAGAGCUUCUACCGAAAAAGAAGUAUCACAUCUUACAACUUCAAAAGUUCAAAUAUCAACUACGGUGGGUAAAGAAGAAACCACUAUACAAGGUGCAGAAGAAACUACAAUUAGUAGUAGAGAAAUAACUGAAGAAGUAGUAACAACAGACAUAACAACACUAGAAGGAAGACACGGCGAUUCUGACUUAAAAGAAUAUACAACUACAGAGUUCUUAACAACAUUACCAAUAAUAACCAUCAAAAAUUUAACAGACGUACUUGUAAGCAAGUCAGAUAAAGAAUGUUGCGAUAACAACGAUUGCUCAGGAGUAGAGGUGUGCAAAUCUAGACGUUGUGUUCAUGUUUGUAAUAUAGGAGGGGUGUGUGCGGAGAACGCAGAUUGUAUAGCUGUGAAUCGCACCGCUGUGUGCUUCUGCCCGGAACAAUAUUUUGGAGAUCCACAUAGGAUUUGCUUUAAAGAACGCCCCACGCCCGUACCAAAAUCUUGCAAGUCUGAUAUGGACUGCCUCGAAUCUGAGGCUUGUUACAUGUCGCAAUGCCAAGAUCCUUGCAAAUUCACUAACGCCUGUGCAAAAACUGCCAAAUGUCAGACAAAGAUGCACAGGCCGAUCUGUAGUUGUCCAACGGGAUACGAAGGAAAUCCCGCAACUAAUUGCUUCAAAACACCAACAACCACUUGUGUACAAAACGAAGAAUGCGCCGUAACGGAAGCAUGCAUAGGCAAUAUUUGCCAAAGACCUUGUGACGUCAAAAAUCCGUGCGUACAACACGCCGUCUGUAUCAACACCAAUCACGGAAGCGAUUGUAGCUGCGAGGAAGGCUUCCACGGUAACGGAUACGUCGAAUGUCAAUACGUUGACAAUUACAAGCCAAUCUGUCAAUAUAACGAAGACUGUCCGCCGAAUAAACUUUGCGAUCGAUUGAACAGAAUUUGUAUCAACCCUUGCGAUGAAGAUUCCUGCGGUGAAAAUGCGGAAUGUCUUCCAAAAGAUCAUGGUAUCGAAUGCCGCUGUCUCCCCGGAUACGAAGGAAACCCGUAUACUUCUUGUUCUGUAACGAUUGGCUGUAGAUCUGACAGUGAUUGUCCCACACAUGAAGCUUGUAUCGGUGGUUUAUGUUCUUCGCCUUGUAAAUGUGGAACAAACGCGAUUUGUGACGUCCUUUAUCACGUAGCAACAUGUAAAUGUCCUCCUGGAUACCAAGGUGAUGCGUUAAUAGCAUGCAGACCUCCAAGAAAUCCUUGUGAUCCAAACCCUUGUGGUCUUAACGCUCUAUGUGAAUUGGAUAAUGGAAACCCGAUAUGUUUCUGCCCGAAAGGGCUAACUGGAAAUCCUUUCAAAAAUUGCAUUCCCGAAGGAGAUGAAUGUUCCCCUAAUCCAUGCGGACCUAAUUCAGGAUGUAGAGUCGUAGGAGGGGACGCCGUUUGUUUCUGUUUACCUGAAUACGAAGGGACACCACCACACGUACCGUGUACUCUACCGGCACAUCCUUGUGAUCCUUCUCCUUGUGGACCCAAUACCCAAUGCGCCGUUCUUACUAAUGGCUUUGCUAAAUGUACUUGUCUUCCUGGUUUUAUCGAGAGUCCGAAUACAAUUCGAGGUUGUAUCGAAAGCAAAAAUCCGUGCGAACCAAAUCCGUGCGGACUUGGAGCUUUCUGUGAUCCGUUACGAGAACCUAUUUGUUUCUGUCCAGCUGGAAGUAACGGAAAUCCAUUCAAACAUUGUGUUGAACCUAAGGUUAGUCUUUGUACUCCAGGACCUUGUGGUCCGAACGCUGAUUGCUAUAUCGCCAACAAUGCUGAACAGUGUUAUUGUAAACAAGGGUACGUAGGAAACCCUUAUACUGGAUGUAGACUUCAACCGAUCUCGGCUUGCAUACCGAACCCAUGUGGACCGGGAGCUCAAUGUAUUGAUACACCAGAAGGAAAUUUCAUAUGCAGAUGUCCCGAAGGUAUGGGAGGUGAUCCAAAUGGACCCGGAGGUUGUCAUGGAUAUGAAUGUGUUGUUAACGAUAACUGUCCAGAUAAUAAAGCUUGUAUUGGUUACAGAUGUAAAGAUCCAUGUCCGGGGGCUUGUGGUGUAAACGCUUAUUGUAAAGUCGAAAGACACCAUCCAAUUUGUACUUGUCAAUAUGGAUUAUUUGGAAAUCCAAUUAUUAGAUGCUACGACUUACCGCAACCUUUACCGGAUAAUCCUUGUUUACCUUCGCCGUGCGGAUCGAAUACAAUUUGUCAAAAUGUUCGCGGACGAGCCGUUUGCUCGUGUUUACCCGAUUUCCAAGGCGAUCCGACCUUAGGUUGUCAGCCAGAAUGUGUACUCAAUUCCGAUUGUCCACUCAAUAAGGCUUGUUUGAAUAGACAUUGUAUAGAUCCAUGCGCCGUAGGUCACUUGUGUGGCGUGCACGCCACUUGUCAGGUUAGAGAUCAUACAGCUACAUGUAUUUGUCCUCAAGGAUUUAUGGGAAAUCCUUUCUAUCAAUGUAUCCCUACACCUAUAGUUUCGGUACCAUCGUAUCCUAAUGUUACUGUACAUCCCUGUACACCGUCACCUUGCAAUAAUAUGGAGUGUAAUACUUGGGGCACUCAAAUCGCUAUCUGUGAUCCAUGCUUAGGACCGGAAGCUCCUUAUAAUCCACAAUGUCGACCCGAAUGUUUGAUUAACGCUGACUGUCCAUUCGAUAAAGCUUGCUUGGGAUAUACUUGCUCUGAUCCAUGUCCUGGAAGUUGUGGAGUUAACGCUCUAUGCUCGGUUGUCCUACAUACACCUAUUUGUAGUUGUCCAGAUGGAUUGGUCGGUGAUCCCUUCCAGCAUUGUUCUAUUCCUCUACAUCCUGAAACACAUGUGAAAACUUGCGAAGCUACUAGAUGCGGAGAAAACGCUGAAUGUCGACAACUCAACAAAGCUCUUUCUUGUGUAUGCAAGCCAGGAUUUUAUGGCAAUCCUUGGAUUGCUUGUCGUCCUGAAUGUGUAAUAAAUACGGAUUGCCUUCUGAAUAAAGCUUGCAUUAAUAAUAAAUGUGUAGAUCCAUGCGCGGGCGUGUGUGGAGUCGGAGCUCAAUGUAACGUCAUUAACCACAUUCCAAUAUGUUAUUGCCCUCCUCAUUAUACGGGAGAUCCAUUUGUAAGCUGUUAUGAAUUCAGACCGACGAUAGAACCUAUACCAGGACCAAACCCUUGCGAUCCUUCACCAUGUGGACCAUUCAGUAGAUGUCUCAUAUCCCAUCAAGGCUUCGCCACUUGUUCUUGCCUACCAAAUUAUCUUGGAGUACCACCAGUUUGUAAACCGGAAUGCAUAGUCAGCUCAGAUUGUCGUCAAGCUCAAGCUUGUGUAAAUCAGAAAUGUAUUGAUCCUUGUUUGGGAACGUGUGGGGCUAAUGCUUUAUGUACUGUCAUCAACCACAAUCCAAUAUGUAGUUGUACUCCUGGACAACAAGGAGAUCCUUUUAUAGGUUGCUACACUCCACAAACUCCCGAUAUACCAAAAACCAACGAAAAUCCAUGUGUACCAACACCAUGCGGGCCUAAUUCUAUAUGUCAAGUUAAAGAAAAUCAUCCAGUGUGUUCUUGUUUAGCGAAUUACAUCGGUAGCCCUCCAUACUGCAGACCUGAGUGUACUAUUAGUCAAGAAUGUCCGCAAAAUAAAGCAUGCGUUAGAGAGAAAUGUAUUAAUCCAUGUAUAGAGCUUUGCGGUAGAAAUGCUAAAUGUAACGUCAUCAAUCAUACUCCAUUCUGCAGUUGCAAACAAGGAUACCAAGGCGACGCUUUCAUAGGAUGUUCGAAAACUCCGGAUAUUCCCAGACCAAUGGAUCCAUGUACUCCAUCACCAUGCGCUGAAAAUUCCCAAUGUACGGUUCAAAAUAAUAUAGCAAGGUGUACUUGCAUUCCACCAUAUAUAGGAAAUCCUUACGUAGGAGGAUGUAAACCAGAAUGUACAAUGAAUUCCGAGUGCGCUAGCCACUUAGCUUGUCUUUCCCAACAUUGCAGAGAUCCUUGUCAAGGACUUUGUGGAAUCAAUGCUGAAUGUUCCGUAAUUAACCACGUACCGGUGUGUGCUUGUGGAAGAGGACUGAUAGGAGAUCCAUUCACUGCUUGUAGACAACAACCUAUUGAAACCGUUGAUCCUUGCGAUCCAUCACCGUGCGGUCCGAACAGCGUAUGCAGAGUUAGAAACGAACAAGCUAUUUGUUCAUGUCAAGUAGGUUAUUUCGGUACACCUCCAGCUUGUAGACCCGAAUGUCUAGUUACUUCGGAAUGUUCAUCCGAUAAGGCUUGUAUCAAUCAAAAAUGUCAAGAUCCGUGCAUCGGUAUUUGUGGUAUAGCAGCGAGAUGUCAAGUACAUAACCACAACCCUAUUUGUAGUUGUCCACCUAACCACAUCGGAGAUCCGUUCCUACAAUGCACUAGGAUAGAAAAACCGAAUAUCACUCCAUGCGUUCCAUCGCCUUGUGGACCCAACGCAGAAUGUCGUACGCUUGACAACAGAGCUGUCUGUAGCUGUUUACCGAAUAUGUACGGAACCCCACCAAACUGUCGUCCGGAAUGUUUAAUAGACCAAGAUUGUCCUCUCAACUUAGCUUGCGUCGGACAAAAAUGUAAGGAUCCUUGCAAGGGAUCUUGUGGAUUCAACGCGAAGUGCAAUGUCGUGAACCAUCGACCCAUAUGUAGCUGUUUACCAGGAUUUGAAGGCGAUCCUUUCACCGGUUGUAAUGAGCUGCCAGCUUUAGAGGAACCCCCACACCCGUGCAAUCCCUCUCCGUGCGGCUCUAACGCUAUCUGCACUGAACGAAACGGUGCCGGAGCAUGUACGUGUAUCCCAGAUUAUCAAGGAGAUCCUUAUUCUGGUUGUAGACCGGAAUGUGUUUCGAACAGCGAUUGUCCUCAUAAUAAAGCAUGCUCGAAUAUGAAAUGUACAAAUCCCUGCAUAGGAAAUUGUGGUUUAAACGCCGAAUGUACUGUGAUAAACCACAAUCCACAAUGUUAUUGUAUACAAGGUUAUACCGGAAACGCUUUAAUCCAUUGCAGAGAAGUUCCACAAAUAGAACCACCUAGACGCGAUCCAUGCGUUCCCUCUCCUUGCGGUUCUUACAGCACGUGCCGAAUACAAAACGAUAGACCAGUUUGUUCUUGUUUAGAAGGUCACGUAGGCGCUCCACCCUCUUGUAGACCCCAAUGUAUGGUAAACUCGGAAUGUCCCAGCGAUCUCGCCUGCCAGAAUAUGCGAUGUGUUGAUCCAUGUCGUGGUACUUGUGGUAACAAUGCUUUAUGUAAAACGGUACUACAUAGUCCAAUCUGUAGUUGUCCCGUUGGUUUUAUUGGGGAUCCUUUCAGCAGAUGCUUUAAAGAAGAGAAACCUCCAGUUGUUAUUCCUGAAAAUCCUUGCAUACCAUCCCCUUGUGGGUUAUUUUCCGAAUGUAAAGUUCUACGAAAUAGACCAGUUUGCUCUUGCCUACCUAAUUAUUUUGGUCAACCUCCGAAUUGUAGACCAGAAUGUACCGUCAAUUCUCAAUGUCCUUCUAGUCAUAGCUGUAUAAAUCAAAGAUGUGAGGAUCCUUGUCCAGGAUCUUGCGGAGCAAACGCUGAAUGUAGAGUCUUAAAUCACUCGCCUCAAUGUUAUUGCACUGAUGGCUUCAGCGGAGAUCCUUUCUCUGGAUGUCAAUACACUCCCCAAAUACCAGAAGAACCAGCUCACCCUUGUAAUCCAUCUCCAUGUGGUGCCAAUGCUAUUUGUAAAGAGUUAAACGGUGCAGGAUCAUGCGUAUGUGCGCCGGAUUACUUCGGAGAUCCUUAUACCGGAUGUCGUCCUGAAUGCGUCACAAAUUCCGAUUGUCCAAAAGACAGAUCUUGCGUCAAUCAAAAAUGCGUUGAUCCUUGUCCUGGAACGUGUGGUAUUAACAGCGAUUGUCAAGUAUUUAAUAACGUACCGAAUUGUUAUUGCCUAGAAGGUUAUAUUGGAGAUCCUUUCAGGGCAUGUCAUCCAGUUCCUAUAAACCCUCCUAUGAGAGAACAAAGAGAUCCGUGCAGACCUUCACCUUGUGGACCGUACAGUCAAUGUAGAGUCAUAAACGAUCACGCUGUUUGCUCUUGUUUGAAAGAUCACAUUGGAACUCCACCUACAUGUAGACCAGAAUGCAUAGUAGCCAGUGAUUGUGGCCAAGAUAAAGCUUGUAUGAACCAAAAAUGUAAAGAUCCUUGUAUAGGUACUUGUGGAUUGAAUGCUAGGUGUAAUGUUGUCAAUCACAAUCCUAUAUGUAGUUGUCCAUCGGGCCAAACUGGAGAUCCAUUCGUUAGAUGUGUCAAGGAAGAAAGAACUGUUGUUCCAGUACCAAACGAGAAUCCCUGCGUUCCAACGCCAUGCGGUCCUAAUUCACAAUGUAGAGUUUCUGGUACACAAGCAGUUUGUUCUUGUCUACCAAAUUACACGGGUAGAGCACCAAAUUGUCGUCCUGAAUGUACAAUUAAUUCAGAAUGUCCUGGAACUCUAGCUUGCAUCAACGAAAGGUGUAAAGAUCCUUGCGUUGGUUCUUGUGGAUCAUUCGCCACUUGCACAGUGAUAAAUCAUUCACCAAAUUGUAUAUGUCAACCGGGUUAUACUGGUGAUCCUUUCGCUGGUUGUUCGGUAUUAAUAAUCGUUAAAGAAGAAACCAAUCCUUGUAAUCCAUCACCUUGUGGAGCGAAUGCUGUUUGUAGAGAACAGAACGGAGCAGGUUCUUGUACUUGUUUACCGGACUACUUUGGAGAUCCCUAUACGGGAUGCAGACCGGAAUGCGUAACUAAUUCUGAUUGCUCUAGAGACAAGGCUUGCUUAGGUAUGAAAUGCAAAGAUCCUUGUGUUGGAACGUGUGGUGUUAACGCUGAAUGUAGAGUUGCUAAUCACGCACCUUCUUGUUUCUGCUUGGAAGGAUAUACUGGAAAUCCGACAACAGCUUGUCAUGUUAUACCACCCACCGUAGAACCUAGAAGAGAACCAUGUAUACCUUCACCUUGUGGUCCUCACAGUCAAUGUAGAGAGACUAACGGCCAUGCUGUAUGCUCUUGCUUACCAGAUUAUGUUGGUUCACCACCAACUUGCAAACCAGAAUGUAUGGUCAGUGCGGAUUGUUCAUUAGACAAAACUUGUAUCAAUCAAAAAUGUAAAGAUCCUUGCCCAGGAACAUGUGGUAUAAAUGCAAGAUGUCAAGUUAUCAAUCAUAAUCCUAUCUGUAGUUGUCCAUCUGAAUUCGUUGGAGAUCCGUUCAUAAGAUGCUUUGUUGAAGAACGACCUCCGGUGGUAUCUCAACCUGAAAAUCCAUGUCAACCAUCUCCUUGUGGAUCUAAUUCGCAAUGUAGAGUAGUUGGUAAUACACCAGCAUGUUCGUGUUUAGUGGGUUAUGUGGGACGUCCUCCUAAUUGUAGACCGGAAUGUGUAAUAAAUGCAGAUUGUUCUGGAAAUUUAGCUUGCCAAAGAGAAAAAUGUACCGAUCCUUGCCCGGGAUCUUGUGGUUCAAACACUGAUUGUAUAGUUAUAAACCACAGAUCUGUUUGUACUUGUAAAAUCGGAUACACUGGUGAUCCUUUCUCGGGAUGUAGUCAAGUACCAAUUGUUGCUCCAACACCAGAACCGCAUAAUCCUUGUAAUCCUUCCCCGUGUGGGGCAAAUGCUAUUUGUAGAGAACAGAAUGGAGCAGGCUCUUGUACUUGUCUCCCAGAUUACUUCGGAGAUCCUUAUACAGGUUGCAGACCGGAAUGCGUAACAAAUACUGAUUGUCAAAGUGAUAGAGCUUGUAUUAAUAAUAAAUGUAAAGAUCCAUGUCCUGGUACUUGCGGUAUAAACGCAGAAUGCCACGUAACGAAUCACGCGCCAUCUUGCUCAUGUUUACCAGGAUUUACUGGAAAUCCUUUGACUUCUUGUAGACAACCACCACCGAUUGAAGUACCUAUAAAUCCUUGCCAACCAUCACCUUGUGGUCCUUACAGCGACUGUCGAGAAAUAAAUAAUCACGCUGUAUGUUCUUGUCAACCAAAUUAUAUUGGAACACCUCCGACAUGUAAACCAGAAUGUAUGGUUAGUUCCGAAUGUGCACAAAACAAGGCUUGCUUGAAUCAAAAAUGUAAAGAUCCAUGUCCUGGUACAUGCGGUUUGAACGCUAAAUGUCAAGUCGUGAACCAUAAUCCUAUUUGCAGCUGUCCUUCACAAUAUACGGGGGAUCCAUUCGUUACAUGUAUCUUAGAAGAGAAAACAGCCGUAGAAGUACCUAGCGGUAAUCCUUGCGUACCGACCCCUUGCGGGCCGAAUUCGCAAUGUAGAGUAAUUGGUACCCAACCUGUAUGUUCUUGUUUACCGAAUUAUAUAGGUAGAGCGCCAAAUUGUAGACCCGAAUGUCUCAUAAACGAAGAAUGCCCUGGAAACUUAGCAUGUCAAAAUGAAAAAUGUAUAGAUCCUUGUAGAGGUUCUUGUGGUUCUUUCACUACUUGCACUACUGUAAAACAUACUCCUAUCUGUGAAUGCGUUUCUGGUUAUACCGGGGAUCCGUUUAGAGGAUGUGUCCUUUUACCUCCUACUGUUACAGAAAUUCCUAUAGAUCCUUGUAAUCCUUCACCUUGCGGCGCUAACGCCGUAUGUAAAGAAAGAAACGGUGCAGGUUCUUGUGCAUGCGUUCCCGAAUAUUUCGGUGAUCCAUACAGAGGAUGUAGACCGGAAUGUGUUACGAAUUCGGAAUGUGAUCGUAGUAGAGCUUGUAUAAAUAACAAAUGUGCGGAUCCUUGUCCAGGAACUUGCGGAAUAAACGCAGAAUGUAGAGUCAUCAAUCAUAUACCGUCAUGUAUUUGUAUAACAGGAUAUACGGGUGAUCCCGCUAGUAGAUGUAACCUCAUACCUUCUGUUACUCCUGAACCGACUCAACCUUGUCAACCGUCUCCGUGCGGUCCAAAUAGUCAAUGUAGAGAAAUAAACGGACACGCUGUAUGUACUUGUUUGACAGGUUAUAUUGGUUCACCACCAAUGUGUAGACCUGAAUGUAUCGGUAGCUCAGAAUGUGCUCAGGAUAAAGCGUGUGUAAAUCAAAAGUGCGUUGAUCCGUGUCCCGGAACUUGCGGUCUCAACGCUCAAUGUAGAGUUGUAACACAUAAUCCUAUUUGUGUUUGUUCCAACGGAUUCACCGGAGAUCCUUUCACCUCUUGCUCCAGGAUAGCUCUACCUCCACCACCAAUCAACGAAAACCCAUGUGUACCGUCUCCGUGCGGUGCCAAUUCGCAAUGUAGAGUCGUUGGUACCCAACCUGCAUGCUCUUGCUUACCCAACUAUAUUGGUAGACCACCAAACUGUCGACCUGAAUGUGUUAACGAUUUAGAAUGUCCAAAUAACUUGGCAUGUAAAAAUGAAAAAUGUAUAAAUCCCUGUCAAGGAUUCUGUGGUGUUAAUGCUAUAUGUACAGUGGUAUCGCAUGCUCCUGUUUGCUCUUGUCUACUCGGAUAUCAAGGAGAUCCUUUAUCUUCUUGUAUUAUCACACCUUUAACUACCGAACGUACUCCACCAUCGACACCUUGUUUCCCGUCACCGUGUGGACCGAACGCGGAUUGCCGCGAGAAGAACGGCGCUGGUGCUUGCUCUUGUCUUCAAGGUUUCCACGGGGAUCCAUAUGAUAACAACAAAGGUUGUCAUCGGGAAUGUGAAAUUAACGACGACUGCAAAUCUAAUUUAGCUUGUAUCGCUUACAAAUGCGUCGAUCCGUGUCCUGGAACAUGUGGCUCAUUGGCGGAAUGUACAGUAAAUAAUCACAUACCGACGUGUUCGUGUCCUCCGGGUUUUACUGGAGAUGCGUUCUUCCAGUGCAGAGAAAUCCAGAAGACACCUAAUAUACCGGAGAACCCUUGUCAACCUACACCUUGCGGACCCAACAGUCAAUGCAGAGAAGUUAAUAAACAAGCUGUGUGCUCUUGUUUACCGAAUUAUAUAGGUAGUCCGCCAAGCUGUAGGCCUGAAUGCGUAGUUAGCUCAGAAUGUCCACUAGAUAAAGCUUGUGUCAAUCAAAAAUGCAGCGAUCCUUGUCCGAACACGUGUGGAUUGGGGGCUCAAUGUACUACACGGAAUCAUAAUCCUAUUUGUGCUUGUCCUCCUGGAUAUACUGGAGAUCCAUUCCUAAGAUGCGCGCCACAACCUGUUACAGAAGAACCAUCUACUGAACGUCCAGCAUCUUGCUUCCCUUCACCAUGCGGAUCGAAUUCGCAAUGUAGAAUAGUGGAAAAUAAUCCGGUAUGUUCUUGUUUACCAGGAUUCUUAGGUGCACCGCCAAACUGUAGACCGGAAUGCGUUAUGUCGAACGAUUGUGACAGUCAAAAAACUUGUAUCAAACAUAAAUGUCAAGAUCCAUGUCCCGGUACUUGUGGAAUUAAUGCUGAAUGUCACGUGAUCAACCACAUUCCGAUUUGCACGUGUAUAGCCGGUCAUACUGGAGAUCCAUUUUUCCAAUGCAACAUUAUUCCCGAGGAAAAAACACAAAGACCUUUGGAUCCAUGCAAUCCAUCGCCGUGCGGACCUAAUGCGGAAUGCAACAACGGUAUUUGUACCUGUAUUUCCGAAUACAUUGGCAAUCCUUACGAAUCCUGUCGACCAGAAUGCGUACUUAGUACAGAAUGCUCCAGAGAUAAAGCUUGUAUCAGAAAUAAGUGUAAGGAUCCUUGUCCUAAUACUUGCGGACAGAACGCGCGAUGCGAUGUCAUAAACCACAUUCCUACAUGUUCUUGUCCUGAUACACUUACUGGUGAUCCAUUCACAUUAUGCAGAGUAAUUGAGGAAAUACAACAGCCACGAGAUCCUUGCAACCCAUCACCUUGCGGACCAAACAGUCAAUGUAAAAAUAUCAACGAUCACGCAGUAUGUUCGUGUAUUCAAGGGUACCAAGGACAACCGCCAUCUUGUAAACCGGAAUGUAUAGUAAACUCCGAAUGUUCUUCGAACAAAGCUUGCGUCAAUCAAAAAUGUAUCGAUCCUUGUCCCGGUUCUUGCGGAUUGAACGCAGAUUGUAAAGUUAGAAACUACAGUCCGAUAUGUAGUUGUAGAGAAGGAUAUACUGGUGAUCCUUUCCAAAAUUGUAGAGAAAUUAUUGUCGAACCUACUCCUUCAACGCCAUUGAAUCCGUGCAAACCGUCACCGUGCGGACCGAACUCCUUAUGUAGAGCUAUCGGAGACACUCCUUCUUGUAGUUGCGCCGUGGAUUACAUCGGAACACCUCCUAAUUGCAGACCAGAAUGCGUCAUCAAUCCAGACUGUCCGAGUACACAAGCUUGUAUCAAUAACAAAUGUAAAGAUCCUUGCCCCGGAAGCUGCGGAUCAAACGCAGAAUGCUCAGUAAUAUCUCACACAGUAUCAUGUACUUGUACAACCGGUUAUACAGGAAAUCCAUUCGUACAAUGCGUUCCGCAACCUGCGGAAAAACCAAAUCCUUGUGAACCGUCUCCGUGUGGACCUAACGCUGAAUGUAGACAACGUAAUGGAGCUGGUUCUUGCGUAUGCAUUCAAGAUUACUUUGGAAAUCCUUACGAAGGAUGUAAACCUGAGUGUGUAUUGAGUUCCGACUGUCCAACUAAUAAGGCUUGUAUGAAAAAUAAAUGCGUAGAUCCAUGUCCAGGAAUUUGUGGGCAAAACGCAGAAUGCUCUGUCAUAAACCACGUACCCGCUUGUACUUGUCUGGAAAGAUUCAUUGGAAAUCCAUUCGUCAUCUGCAAUCCAGCUCCUUUGCCUCAGGAACCUAGUAUUUUCGAACCUUGUUCACCGAGUCCUUGCGGUCCGUACAGUCAAUGCCGUGAAGUUAACAACCAAGCCGUCUGCUCUUGCCUACCAGAUUACAUCGGAUCUCCGCCUAAUUGUAAACCGGAAUGUAUCGUUAGCUCCGAAUGUCCUUCCGAUCGGGCUUGUCACAAAUUUAAAUGUGCCAAUCCUUGUACUGGAGCUUGCGGUAUCCAAGCGUUAUGUCAAGUUAUCAACCACGCGCCUAUCUGUAGCUGUAAAACGGGCAUGACUGGAGAUCCAUUUACGAGAUGUUACGAAUUACCACCGGCUCCUAUUAAACCGAGACCAGUCGAAAAUCCUUGUGCACCAUCACCUUGUGGACCUAAUGCUGAAUGUAGAGUCAUCAAUGAUCAAGCCUCUUGCAGUUGUCAACCUAAUUACUUCGGAGCGCCGCCUAAUUGCAGACCUGAAUGUCUAGUUAACACCGAUUGUGCUUCUAACUUAGCGUGUAUCACCGAAAAAUGUAGGGACCCUUGUACUGGAUCUUGUGGAUUUAAUACUGAAUGUAGAGUACAGAACCAUAUACCGAUAUGUAGUUGCUUAUCUGGAUAUACGGGCGACGCAUUCUCUGAAUGUACCAAGAUUAAACCAAUACUACCAUCAACCCCGACAGAUCCUUGCAACCCAUCGCCGUGUGGUCAAAAUGCUCAAUGCGAUAAGGGAAUAUGUACUUGCUUGACACUGUACCGAGGUGAUCCUUAUCAAGGGUGCAGACCGGAAUGUACCAUGAAUUCCGAUUGUAGCCCAAACAAAGCUUGUAGUAACUUGAGAUGUGUCGAUCCUUGUCCUGGAACUUGUGGACAGAAUGCAGUUUGUGAUAUCGUUAAUCAUAUUCCGACCUGCAGUUGUCCCGCAGGUUUGGAAGGAGAUCCAUUCGUUAGAUGCAGACCUAAAAUAAUAGACGUGCCAUUGAACCCUUGUCAACCGUCUUCAUGUGGACCAAACAGCGUUUGCAGGGUUAACAACGGAGUUGCUGUAUGUUCUUGCCAGCCGGGUUUGGUAGGAAGUCCGCCGUCUUGUAGAUCCGAAUGCGUUCUCAGCGCCGAAUGUCCCUUAACGCAAGCCUGUUUGAAUCAAAAAUGUAUCGAUCCUUGUCCAGGAACGUGUGGAGUAAACGCUAAAUGCCAAGUGAUAAAUCACAAUCCUAUUUGCAGCUGCAUCCAAGGAAAUAUCGGGGAUCCAUUCGUUAGAUGCUAUCCGGAACCUAAACUUGUUCCUCAACCGGUAAAUCCAUGCGAUCCGACGCCGUGCGGUCCGAAUUCGGUAUGUAAAGUACGCGGCGAAAGUCCGGCGUGUUCAUGUCUCGAAAAUUAUAUCGGCACACCGCCGAAUUGUCGACCGGAAUGUACGAUUAAUCCCGAAUGUCCGCGAACGCUCGCUUGUAUAAAUCAAAAGUGUCGCGAUCCUUGUCCGGGUAGUUGCGGCAACAACGCGUUGUGUAACACCAUCAACCACAAUCCAACUUGCACCUGUCAGAAUGGUUACACCGGGGAUCCGUUCCAAGGCUGCGUUCCGGCACCAGCCGUUCUGCCACCACCAGAUCCGAUAAACCCUUGCAAACCUUCACCUUGUGGCACCAACGCCAUCUGCAAAGAAAGAAACGGUGCCGGAUCUUGCGUUUGUCCGCCGGAUUAUUCAGGAAACCCUUACGAAAGUUGUAGACCGGAAUGUAUUUUGAAUGCUGAUUGUUCUUCGAACAGAGCAUGCGUGAGGAAUAAAUGUAUCGAUCCUUGUCCUGGUACUUGCGGUCAAAACGCCAUCUGUCAAGUUAUCAACCACAGUCCCAAUUGUAGAUGUUUGGAAGAUUACACGGGAGAUCCAUUCAAAUUCUGUACCAUAGUCAUUCAACAACCAAUUGUAUCAACACAACCGUGUCAACCGACUCCUUGUGGUCCGAAUAGUCAAUGCAAAGAAGUGAACGGACAAGCAGUUUGUUCAUGUUUACCCAAUUUCAUAGGAUCGCCACCUGGAUGUAGACCAGAAUGUGUAGUAAGUUCAGAAUGUCCAACGAACAAAGCUUGUAUCAAUCAAAAAUGUAUGGACCCGUGUCCCGGAACGUGCGGCUUGAACACCAAAUGUCAAGUCAUAAACCACAGUCCGAUAUGUAGUUGUCAAACUAGGUAUAUAGGAGAUCCAUUUGUUAGAUGUUUCCCUCCACCUCAACCUGUUAUUACCGAGAUCGAAAUCGUAUCGAAUCCUUGUGAUCAAUCCCCUUGCGGUCCUAAUUCUCAAUGUAGGGAAAUCAACAAUCAUGCAUCUUGUUCUUGCCUGCCUGAAUUUAUUGGUAACCCACCGAAUUGUAGACCGGAAUGCAGCAUACAUUCAGAAUGUCCAAGUAAUCUAGCUUGUAUAAAACAAAAAUGCGCGGAUCCUUGUCAAGGAUCUUGUGGACUAAAUGCAGUUUGUAAUGUAUUGAAUCAUAUAUCAAUCUGUACGUGUCCGACUGAUAUGACUGGGGAUCCUUUUACAAACUGUUUCCCCGCUCCUCCAGCAAAAGUCGUCGUAGAUGAAAACCCUUGUGUACCAUCUCCUUGUGGAGCAAACGCCGUAUGCGAGGGACAAGGUAUUUGUACUUGUAUUCAAGAUUACAAUGGAGAUCCCUAUAGAGGAUGUAGACCUGAAUGUGUUAGAAGUACCGAUUGCCCUAGGGAUAGAUCUUGUGUAAGAAAAAAAUGUGUAGAUCCUUGUCCUGGAACUUGUGCUGUUUCAGCAAAUUGUCAAAUUAUAAAUCAUAUUCCUAUGUGUAGUUGUCCCGCUGGUACUACAGGAAACGCCUUCGUGGCAUGUAGAAAUAUACAAAUACCUCAAAAUAUAAAUCCAUGUAAUCCAACACCAUGUGGUCCAAAUAGCCAAUGUAGAGAGAUCAAUCAACAAGCAGUAUGCUCUUGUCUACCAGGAUAUAUCGGUAGUCCCCCCAUUUGCAGACCAGAAUGUGUUUCAAGUUCUGAAUGUAGCUUAGUACAAGCAUGUGUCAACCAAAAAUGUAUCGAUCCCUGUCCUGGAUCUUGUGGUAUAAGCGCACAAUGUCAAGUUAUUAAUCACAACCCUAUAUGUACUUGCCCAGGUGAUUUAACCGGCGAUCCUUUCACAAGGUGUAUACCAAAACCACCUGAACAAGUAAACGUCUCUAUAAAUCCUUGUCAACCUUCCCCUUGCGGACCGAACUCUGAAUGUAGAGAAAUUAAUGGUUUCCCUUCUUGUACUUGUCUCGCCGACUACCGAGGAACUCCACCGAAUUGCAGACCAGAAUGUAUCACCAACAGCGAAUGUGCUUUCAAUUUGGCUUGUUUGAACAGGAAAUGUAUCAAUCCUUGUGAAAAUAUGUGCGGAUUAAAUGCCGAAUGUCGAGUUGUAAGCCACAUACCUAAUUGCGUAUGCUUACCGGGUUUCGAAGGGGAUCCGUUCCGACAAUGCUCGGAAACUGCCUUGAAAAUUCCUGAAAUUAUCAACCCAUGCAAUCCAACACCAUGCGGAAUUAACGCAGAAUGUAAAGAACGAAACGGCGCAGGAGCGUGUAUAUGUAAACCAGGCUUUAUGGGAAAUCCUUACGAAAGCUGUAGACCUGAAUGUGUUAUUAAUUCGGAUUGUCCUUCGAACAAAGCGUGUUUAAAAGAUAAAUGUAUAGAUCCAUGUCCCGGUACGUGCGCGUCUAACGCCUACUGCAACGUAAUCAACCAUUUACCAACAUGUACUUGCAUCCAAGGAUAUACAGGAGAUCCUUUCAGAUUGUGUAAUGUAAUUCGUGAAACAAUUGAAGUAGUACCCACGAAUCCUUGUCAACCGUCUCCUUGUGGACCAAACAGUCAAUGUAGGGUAAUUAACGAACAACCCGUUUGUUCUUGUUUACCAGAAUAUUCUGGAAGUCCACCAAAUUGUCGACCAGAAUGUACUAUCAGUUCUGAAUGUUCUCUAGAUAAAGCAUGCGUGAAUAAAAGAUGUAUAGACCCAUGUCCUGGUACUUGUGGUUUGAAAUCUACAUGUAAAGUUUUGAAUCAUAGUCCAAUAUGUAGUUGUUUAACAGGAUACACUGGAGAUCCUUUCACUAGAUGUUAUUUUGUUCAAAGUGAGAUAUAUCAUAUCCAGAUUUUUAUUCCAACUAAUUUUUUACAAUUUGUAGAAGAAGAAGUUGUAUCGGAAAUAGUGAAUCCAUGUUUACCUUCACCUUGCGGACUUUACAGUACAUGUAGAGAUAUAAAUGGUAUUCCUUCUUGUUCUUGUAACGAUGGUUAUAUUGGCACACCACCCAAUUGUAGACCAGAAUGUACUAUCAAUUCUGAAUGUUCCAGUAACUUAGCAUGCAUUAACGAAAAGUGUAGAGAUCCCUGCGCUGGUUCCUGUGGAAAUGGGGCCGUUUGUAACGUUCUCAAUCACAUACCGAUAUGUUCGUGUCCUGAAGGAUAUUCAGGUGAUCCCUUCACGUUCUGUCAACUCAAACCAACCGUGGCACCAAUAGUAGAUAACGAUCCAUGUAAUCCAUCGCCUUGCGGACCUAAUACCGAAUGUAAUAAUGGUAUUUGUACAUGUUUAGCAGAAUAUCAAGGCGAUCCAUAUACUGGUUGUAGACCGGAAUGUACCUUACACCAAGAUUGUCCUAAAAACAAAGCUUGUUCGAGAAAUAAAUGUAUCGAUCCUUGCGUUGGUACUUGUGGAACUAACGCUAAUUGUGUUGUUAUGAAUCACAUACCAACUUGUUCUUGUUUGGAAGAUUACGAAGGUAACGCCUUUGUAAUUUGCCAAAAAGUAAAAGUUCAAGUACCAAGAAAUCCUUGCAAUCCCACACCUUGUGGACAAAAUAGUCAAUGUAGGGAAAUAAAUGGUCAAGCUGUUUGCUCUUGCGUGCCAGGUUUCUUAGGUACACCGCCAUCUUGUAGACCGGAAUGCGUUACCAGUACAGAAUGUCUUCUUACACAAGCUUGCGUUAACCAAAAAUGUAUAGAUCCUUGUCCUGGUACUUGUGGUAUUAGUGCCUUGUGUCAAGUUAAAAAUCAUAAUCCAAUAUGUAUUUGUCCUAAUCAAUAUACAGGCGAUCCUUUCACUAGAUGUUACAUAUUAGAAAUUGAACCGGCUAUUGUGGAAUCUGCAAACCCAUGUGAACCGUCACCUUGCGGUCCAAAUUCUGUAUGUAGAGUUGUAGGAGAUAAUCCAUCUUGCUCUUGCUUACCAGAAUUUAUAGGAUCUCCUCCAAACUGUAAACCAGAAUGCGUUAGUAAUUCGGAAUGUUCCUCGAAUCUCGCUUGUAUAAAUAGAAAAUGUAAAGAUCCUUGCGUUGGAGUUUGUGGUCAAAACGCCGAAUGUAGAGUGGUUAGUCAUACACCCAAUUGCGUAUGUAUAUCCGGUUACUACGGUGAUCCAUUUACUCUAUGUCAACUCCAAACGGCUGUAGAAACAGUGAAUCCUUGUGAACCAUCGCCGUGCGGUAGCAACGCUGUUUGUAAAGAAAGAAACGGAGCUGGUGCUUGUGUUUGCUUAGAAGAUUACUUUGGAGAUCCUUAUCAGGGAUGUAGACCGGAAUGUUCAGUUAGUUCAGAUUGUCCUUCUAAUAAAGGUUGCGUUAAUAAUAAGUGUAAAGAUCCUUGUCCUGGUACAUGUGCGCCGAACGCGGAAUGCCACGUUAUCAAUCACUUACCGUCUUGUACAUGUCCUUCGCAAUUCACAGGGGAUCCUUACCAAUUUUGCAGAGUAGCGUUGAGUAAGAAUAAACAAUUUUCAUUCGAAAAUAAUUCAAAUCUAAUUCAUAUUUUCGUAGUUGAACCAGAAGUACCUAAACAACCUUGUCAACCAUCUCCUUGCGGGGCUAAUAGUCAAUGUAGGGAAGUCAAUCAACAAGCUGUAUGUUCUUGUUUACCGAAUUAUAUAGGUAGUCCACCAGGAUGUAGACCAGAAUGUACUGUUAAUAACGAAUGCCCUACUAAUCAAGCUUGUCAAAACCAAAAGUGUAUCGAUCCUUGUCCAGGAACUUGUGGACUAAAUACCAAAUGCCAAGUCGUUAAUCAUGCUCCUAUUUGUAGUUGUUCGAACGAUUUUACUGGAGAUCCUUUUACCAGAUGUUAUUCCAUACCUCCACCAGAACCAAUUUCUAUAGAAAACGAAAAAGUCACGUGUUUCCCAUCACCGUGCGGACCAAAUUCGGAAUGUAGAGAAAUUGGUAGUUCGCCAGCUUGUUCUUGUCUACCAAGCUUUAUCGGUAGUCCGCCGAAUUGUAGACCAGAAUGUAGCGUUAAUUCGGACUGUACCAGUAAUUUGGCUUGUAUCAAUCAAAAAUGUAUUGAUCCUUGUCCAGGUUCGUGUGGACAAGAUGCUAGAUGUAGUGUUUUCAGUCAUACGCCGAUUUGUACUUGUCUAGAAGGAUAUACUGGAGAUCCGUUCACCUAUUGUCGACUCUUACCACCUACAACUCCUGCACCGGUAACCGAUCCAUGUAGCAAUUCUCCAUGCGGUCCCAAUGCCGAAUGUAACGAUGGCAUAUGUACUUGCUUACCAGAAUAUCAAGGUGAUCCCUACAGAGGGUGUAGACCAGAAUGUGUACUAAAUACAGAUUGUCCUAGAGAUAAGACUUGUAUUAGAAACAAAUGUAAGGAUCCAUGUCCUGGAACGUGUGGUCAAAACGCUGAAUGCUCUGUUAUCAAUCACAUUCCAACUUGCUCUUGUAUAUCUGGAUAUACUGGUAGCGCUUUCAUACAAUGUAAUCCCAUACCAGUUGAAUUACCUAAAAAUCCUUGCAAUCCAUCUCCGUGUGGUCCAAACAGUCAAUGCAGGGAAAUAAAUAGUCAAGCUGUUUGUUCUUGCGUACCAGGGUUUUUGGGUACACCGCCAUCUUGUAGACCGGAAUGCGUUUCUAGCACUGAGUGUAUUUUAAGUCAAGCUUGUGUUAAUCAAAAAUGUAUCGAUCCAUGCCCCGGAACCUGCGGACUUAACACUCUUUGUCAAGUAGUCAAUCAUAAUCCAAUAUGUACUUGUAAAGAAAAAUUUAGCGGAGAUCCAUUUACCAGAUGCAUACCUAUCGUUGAAGAGCCAAUUGUACAAUCGAAUCCGUGUCAACCAUCACCGUGCGGUCCUAAUUCUCAAUGCCGCGAAGUUGGCGGUGCUCCAUCUUGUUCAUGUUUGCCCGAAUUUAUAGGCACGCCACCAAACUGUAAACCAGAAUGUGUCAGUAAUUCAGAAUGCUCUAAUAAUUUAGCUUGCAUCAAUCAAAAAUGCAAAGAUCCUUGUGUCGGUGCAUGUGGUUCCAACGCGGAAUGUAGAGCUGUCAGUCACACUCCCAACUGUUUAUGUCCAACCGAUUUAACAGGAGAUCCAUUUACACAAUGUCUACCAAUACCACAAACAACACCGUCGGAAAUACUAUCGCCUUGUACUCCAUCUCCUUGUGGAGCAAACGCUGUAUGUCGAGAACUAAAUAACGCUGGAUCAUGUACUUGUUUACCAGAAUAUAUAGGCAACCCUUACGAAGGUUGUAGACCGGAAUGUACUUUAAGCUCCGAUUGUCCUUACAACAAAGCUUGUAUAAGAAACAAAUGUACCGAUCCUUGUCCUGGUACUUGCGGACAAAAUAGUGAUUGUCAAGUCGUUAAUCAUUUACCAUCUUGUACGUGUAGGGUAGGAUUCACUGGAGAUCCAUUCAGAUAUUGUCACGUUUCACCACCCGAACCUGUUGAUAGAGAAAAACCGCAAAAUCCUUGCCAACCCAGUCCUUGCGGUCCAAAUAGUCAAUGUAAGAACGUCAACAACCAAGCCGUUUGCUCUUGUUUACCCAAUUACAUAGGUAGCCCUCCGGGAUGUAGGCCCGAAUGUACAGUGAGCGCUGAAUGUGCUCAAGAUAAAGCUUGUAUCAAUCAAAAAUGUGAUAAUCCAUGUACCGGAAACUGCGGUUUGAAUACCGAUUGCAAAGUGAUCAAUCACAGUCCGAUUUGUAUUUGUAAAACUGGUCAAACGGGCGAUCCGUUUUCUAGAUGCUAUCCUAUACCUCCUAAAAUACCAGAGCCUGUCAUAAUAUCGGAUCCAUGUGUUCCUUCACCGUGCGGUAUGAACAGCAUUUGUAAAAACGUAGGAAAUGUCCCAUCUUGUACUUGCUUCCCAUCAUACAUAGGCACACCACCCAAUUGCAGACCUGAAUGUACCAUAAACUCCGAAUGCCGUAGCAAUUUAGCUUGCAUAAGAGAAAAAUGUACCGAUCCGUGUCCAGGCUCUUGUGGAACAGGUGCUGUAUGUAGCGUUACCAAUCACAACCCUAUUUGCUCUUGUCCAGAAGGUUACACCGGAGAUCCAUUCAAUUAUUGUCAACUGAAGCCUGUAGAAAUCAGUCCAAUCACAACUGAUCCUUGUAAUCCCAGCCCUUGUGGACCUAAUACACAAUGUAACGAUGGAAUAUGUAGUUGUCUACCUGAAUAUCAAGGUGAUCCUUAUUUUGGAUGUAGGCCUGAGUGUGUAUUGAGUAUUGAUUGUCCAAAGGACAAAGCUUGUGUUCGAAACAAGUGCGUCAAUCCUUGUAAUGGAAUUUGUGGACAAAAUGCUGAAUGUUCUGUACUGAAUCAUAUACCAAUUUGUAGCUGCAGAAUCGGUUUUACUGGAAAUGCUUUUACAUUCUGCAAAGAAAUUGAAAAACCACCACCAGCAAAUCCAUGUUUCCCGAGUCCAUGUGGACCAAAUAGUCAAUGUAGGGAAAUUAAUGGACAAGCAGUUUGUUCUUGCGUACCCGGCUACAUAGGUUCUCCACCAUCUUGUAGACCGGAAUGUGUUACUAGUUCAGAAUGUCCUUUAAAUGAAGCUUGCCAGAAUCAAAAAUGUGUUAACCCUUGUCUUGGAACGUGUGGAAUAGGCGCACUAUGUCAAGUAAUAAAACACAAUCCUGUAUGUAGCUGUCCCGUCAAAUUCACUGGAGAUCCAUUUACUAGAUGUUUACCAAUACAAGAAGUUAUAAUUCCUCCAACAAAUCCUUGUUCUCCGUCUCCAUGCGGUUCUAAUUCAAUAUGUAAAGAAGUCGGCGAAACGCCGGUUUGUACUUGCUUAGAAGGCUUCGUAGGAUCACCGCCGAAUUGCAAACCGGAAUGCAUCAGCAACUCCGAAUGCGCCACUCACUUGGCUUGUAUAAAUCAAAAAUGCAAAGAUCCUUGUCCGGGAAUAUGCGGCCAAAACGCGGAAUGUAGAGUAGUUAGUCACACUCCGAACUGCGUUUGUUUACCAGGAUACGAAGGAGAUCCUUUCAACUACUGUAACCUACCGAUACCAAAACCAAGUGAAAUACCAUCGCCAUGCAACCCGUCUCCUUGCGGUUCCAACGCUGUAUGUAGGGAACAAAAUGGAGCCGGGGCGUGUAUAUGUAUCAAAGGAUAUUUAGGAAAUCCUUAUGAAGAAUGUAGACCCGAAUGUUCUAUUAAUUCCGAUUGUCCUUCGAAUAAGGCUUGCAUGAAUAAUAAAUGUAGAGAUCCUUGCCCUGGAACGUGCGGUCCGAACGCAUUAUGUCAAGUUAUAAAUCACGUACCAUCGUGUACUUGUAACAUUGGAUAUACAGGAGAUCCUUUCAGGAUCUGUAUCGCACAACCUAACGAACCUGUAAUCGAAGAAACUACGAAUCCGUGUCGAAAUUCUCCUUGUGGUCCAAAUAGUCAAUGUCGGGAAGUUAAUAAACAAGCAGUUUGCUCUUGUUUACCAGAAUAUGUCGGUUCUCCGCCAUCUUGUAGACCCGAAUGUGUCGUCAGUACGGAAUGUACUCCGAAUAAGUCUUGUAUUAAUAAAAAAUGUACUGAUCCGUGUCCAGGAACGUGCGGUAUUGGUGCGACUUGUCAAGUAAUCAAUCAUAGUCCAAUUUGCUCUUGUAGACUGGGUAACACCGGUAAUCCAUUCACAAAAUGCUAUCCGCUACCACCACCUCCAGCGGAACCAAUAGAUAUAAUAGACCCUUGUAUUCCGAAUCCCUGUGGUCCUAAUAGUCAAUGCCGAAAUCGAUCUGGUUCCCCUGUAUGCUCCUGUUUACCUGAUUACGAAGGAAGUCCUCCAAAUUGUAGACCAGAAUGUACCAUCAAUUCAGAAUGUCCCAGUAAUUUGGCUUGUAUCAAUCAAAAAUGUAAAGAUCCUUGUAUCGGAGCGUGCGCAAUAAACGGUUUAUGUAACGUCAUCAAUCACGUGCCUACGUGUACAUGUCCCGAUGGAUAUACCGGAGAUCCAUUCAAUAAUUGCGUUUUGAGACCACCAACACAACCAGUUGAAAAUGAUCCUUGUAACCCGUCCCCGUGCGGACCUAAUGCUGAAUGUUUCAAUGGAAUUUGUACUUGUAUUGACGAGUAUCAAGGAGAUCCUUAUACGGGUUGUCGACCAGAAUGUAUCAUUAGUGACGAUUGUGCGAAAAACAAAGCAUGUGUAAAACAAAAAUGUGUAGAUCCUUGUCCUGGUACUUGUGGUCAAAACGCUGAAUGUUCCAUAUUUAAUCAUAUUCCUGUUUGCUCUUGUAUAUCCGGAUACACUGGAAAUGCUUUCGUCAUAUGUAACCGAAUAGUCGAAGCUCGACCUUUGACUAAUCCUUGUCAACCAUCACCUUGUGGUCCAAACAGUGAAUGCAGAGAAAUAAACCAACAGGCAGUUUGUUCUUGUCUGCGCGGUUACAUUGGUUCUCCGCCAACUUGUAGACCGGAAUGUAUAUCCAGUUCUGAAUGUAGUUUAAUACAAGCAUGUGUCAAUCAAAAAUGUAUAGAUCCUUGUCCUGGAACUUGCGGACUGAACGCGAAAUGUCAAGCAGUCAAUCAUAAUCCUAUUUGCAGUUGUCCGCCUAGAUAUACCGGUGAUCCGUUUACAAGAUGUCUAAUUAUCGUUCAAGAACCAGUUGAAGUACCGACGAAUCCUUGUCUACCUUCUCCGUGUGGACCGAAUUCUGAAUGUCGAGAAACAAACGGAUCGCCAUCGUGUUCUUGCUUACCAGAAUUUCGAGGCACCCCACCCAAUUGUAGACCAGAAUGUACUAGUAACAGCGAAUGUGCCAACAAUUUAGCCUGUAUCAAUAAUAAAUGUUCUAAUCCAUGUUCUGGAAUGUGUGGACAAAACGCAGAAUGCAGAGUUAUCAGUCACACGCCUAUUUGCAGUUGUACACAAGGUUUUACGGGAGAUCCUUUCAUAUCAUGUCACUUAAUACAAAUUCAGCCUCCCGUUGAAAAUCUGUCACCUUGUGUACCAUCACCGUGCGGGGCAAAUGCUGAAUGUACAGUGAGAAAUCGUGCAGGAGCGUGUACUUGUCUACCUGAGUAUAUUGGUAAUCCUUAUGAAGGCUGCAGACCUGAAUGUUCAUUAAAUACGGAUUGUCCAUCGAACAAAGCCUGCAUCAAAAAUAAAUGUGUGGAUCCUUGUCCUGGUACUUGUGGACAGAAUGCCAAUUGUCAAGUUUUAAAUCAUUUGCCAUCUUGUACUUGCAUCCAAGGUUAUACAGGUGAUGCAUUCAAAUAUUGCAGCUUACAACAACAAGAAAUUGUCGAACUUAAAAAACCAUGUCAACCGUCUCCUUGCGGACCAAAUAGUCAAUGUAGGGAAAUUAAUGAACAAGCUGUAUGUUCUUGUUUACCAAACUAUAUUGGCAGUCCCCCAACUUGUAGACCUGAAUGUACCAUGAGCUCAGAAUGUUCUCAAAAUAAAGCUUGCAUCAAUCAAAAAUGCGAUGAUCCUUGUCCGGGUUCUUGUGGGUUGAAUACAAAAUGUCAAGUAGUUAAUCACAGUCCUAUAUGUACCUGCAAAGCUGGAUUCAGUGGAGAUCCUUUCGCUAGAUGCUUACCCAUACCAAGUCCACCUGUGAAUGUACCAAUAGAACCAAUACGUGACCCAUGCGUUCCGACUCCAUGCGGAUCUAAUUCAAUUUGCAGAAAUAUCGGAAACUCUUCGUCUUGUACUUGUAUACCAGGAUACAUUGGCAGUCCGCCAAAUUGUAGACCAGAAUGUUCAAACAAUUUCGAAUGUGCGAGUAACUUAGCUUGUAUCAGAGAAAAAUGUAUAGAUCCUUGUCCGGGAUCAUGCGGGGCUCUAGCUCAAUGUAAUGUCAUCAAUCACACUCCAAUUUGCUCAUGUCCGGAAGGAUAUACGGGAGAUCCGUUCAGUUACUGCCAAUUGAAGCCUCCGGAAGUAAAACCGGUUGAAACAGAUGCAUGUAAUCCAUCUCCUUGUGGACCUAAUGCUAGAUGUGAUGACGGCGUGUGUACUUGUUUACCAGAAUAUCGCGGUGAUCCUUAUAGAGAAUGCAGACCAGAAUGUGUAUUGAAUAACGAUUGUCCAAAAGACAGAGCGUGUUCUAGAAACAAAUGUAUAGAUCCUUGUAUAGGAACGUGUGGACAGAACGCCGAUUGUACUGUUAUAAAUCAUAUCCCAUCUUGUACUUGUUUCAAAGGAUAUAUAGGAAACGCAUUUAUAUUAUGUAAUAGAAUACCUCCCGAAUUACCUAAGAAUCCAUGUCAACCAACUCCGUGCGGUCCAAACAGUCAAUGUAGAGAAAUAAACGGACAAGCGGUAUGUUCUUGUGUAAUAGGAUACCUCGGUAGUCCACCAAAUUGCCGACCAGAAUGUAUAGUAUCCACUGAAUGUCCAUCAAAUCAAGCUUGUGUCAAUCAAAAAUGCGUAGAUCCAUGUCCUGGUACUUGUGGUAUCAAUACAGAAUGUCAUGUCGUUAAACAUAAUCCUAUAUGUAGCUGUAUUAGAGGAUAUUCUGGAGAUCCUUUUUCAAGAUGCGUACAAAUAUCACCGGAGCCCGAAGUACAAAUAGAUCAGUGUAAUCCAUCCCCGUGCGGUCCAAAUUCUCAAUGCAAAUCUAUUGGAGAUUCGCCUUCUUGUUCGUGUUUACCAGAAUUUGUUGGCACUCCUCCGAAUUGUAGACCCGAAUGUGUCAGUAACUCGGAAUGUGCUAAUCACUUGGCUUGCAUCAAUCAGAAAUGUCAAAAUCCUUGUAGCAACGGAGUUUGCGGUCGAAAUGCCGAAUGCGCAGUUGUAAGCCAUACUCCUAACUGUAUUUGCAUCAAUAAUUAUAUAGGAAAUCCUUUUGUACAAUGUAUACCGCCGCAACAACCGCAAGUUUUGGAAAUUAUAAGUCCAUGUACCCCAUCACCUUGUGGAGCCAAUGCGCAAUGUAGAGAACUAAAUAAUGCUGGAUCGUGUACUUGCUUACCUGAUUUUAUCGGUAAUCCUUACGAAGGAUGUAGACCCGAAUGUGUUAUCAAUUCAGAUUGUCCAUCGAACAAAGCGUGUAUUAAUAAUAAAUGUAAGGAUCCGUGUCCUGGAACUUGUGGGCAAAACGCCAAUUGUCAAGUAAUCAAUCAUCUACCUUCUUGUAAUUGUUUAUCUGGAUAUAGCGGAGAUCCUUACAGAUAUUGCCUGGUUACUGAAACGGUUAGUCUCGAACCCUCGAAUCCUUGUAAUCCAACACCUUGUGGUCCUAACAGUCAAUGUAAGGAAGUUAACAAACAAGCAGUUUGUUCUUGUUUACCAAAUUACACAGGCAGUCCGCCAUCUUGUAGACCGGAAUGUACUGUGAGUUCAGAAUGUGCCCAAAAUAAAGCUUGCAUCAAUCAAAAAUGCGGAGACCCUUGUCCAGGAACAUGCGGUUUAACUACAGUAUGUAACGUUAUCAAUCACAGUCCGAUUUGUAGCUGUCAAUCAGGAUUUACUGGAGAUCCUUUCACGAGAUGUUACCCAAUACCUCCUAAGCCAGUAAUACAACCAGAACCGCCUGCUAUAAAUCCAUGUGUACCUUCACCUUGCGGUCCGAACAGUAUAUGUAGGGAAAUAGGUUCGACGCCAUCUUGUUCGUGUUUGGAAAAUUAUAUAGGAUCUCCACCAAAUUGUAGACCUGAAUGUACAAUCAAUUCCGAAUGUUCUAGUAAUUUAGCUUGUAUUAAUCGAAAAUGUAUAGAUCCAUGUCCUGGUUCUUGCGGAGCUUUCGCUAUUUGUACAGUUAUCAACCACACCCCAACUUGCUCUUGUCCCGAAGGUUACACUGGAGAUCCUUUCAGCUACUGUCAAAUCAAACCCCCAACACAAGAGCCUGUUGUUGCGGAUAAAUGCAACCCCUCACCUUGUGGACCUAAUGCUGAUUGUAAUGACGGUGUUUGUAGUUGUUCACCUGAAUAUAAAGGAGAUCCUUAUAGGGAAUGUAGACCUGAGUGUGUCUUGAAUAAUGAUUGCCCAAGAGAUAAAGCUUGUGUUAGAAAUAAAUGUAAAGAUCCUUGUCCUGGAACGUGCGGUCAAAACGCGGAAUGUUCGGUUGUUAAUCACGUUGCGAUCUGUAGCUGUUUACCAGGUUACCAAGGCAACGCUUUCGUAAUCUGCUCGAAACCACGAGUACCACAAAACGUGAACCCAUGUAACCCAACACCUUGCGGACCGAACAGUCAAUGUAGAGAAAUUAACCAACAGGCUGUUUGUUCUUGUGUUCCGGGUUUCUUAGGUUCGCCGCCAUCUUGUAGACCCGAGUGUGUUUCUAGUUCAGAAUGCGCGUUAAAUAGAGCUUGCGUUAAUCAGAAAUGUAUAGAUCCAUGUCCAGGUACCUGCGGGUUGAACGCCGUUUGCCAAGUUGUCAAUCAUAAUCCAAUUUGUAGCUGUCAACGUGGACAAACUGGUGAUCCUUUCACAAGAUGUCUACCAAUAAGCAUAGAACCGAUAAUACAGAUUAAUCCAUGUGAACCUACGCCUUGCGGUCCAAAUUCCCAAUGUAGACAAAUAGGUGAUUCACCUUCGUGUUCUUGUCUACCAGAAUUUACAGGCGCGCCUCCUAAUUGUCGUCCCGAAUGCGUUAGCAACUCUGAUUGUCCAAGUGAUAAAGCUUGUAUAAAUCAGAAAUGUAAAGAUCCUUGCCAAGGUAUAUGCGGACAAAACGCUGAGUGCCGAACGGUUAGCCACGCUCCAAAUUGUAUAUGUAUAGGAGGUUACCGUGGUGAUCCUUUUAUUCGUUGCGAUCUACCACCAUCUCUACCUUCUGAAAAUAUUUCACCGUGUCAACCGUCUCCGUGUGGAGCAAACGCCGAAUGUAAAGAACAAAAUGGCGCUGGUGCCUGUAUAUGUUUACCGGAUUAUUUCGGUAAUCCUUACGAAGGAUGUAGACCCGAAUGUGUUAUUAAUUCAGAUUGUCCAUCUAACAAAGCGUGUAUCAAUAAUAAAUGUAAAGAUCCUUGUCCCGGAACGUGCGGACAAAACGCCAACUGUCAAGUUGUCAAUCAUCUACCUUCUUGUACUUGUAUAUCAGGAUAUACUGGAGAUCCGUUCCGUUAUUGUACGGUGUUUAUUGAAAAAAUACCAGAGGAGCCUUCAGACCCAUGUCAACCGUCACCUUGUGGACCAAACAGUCAAUGUAAAGAGGUUAACAAACAAGCGGUAUGCUCUUGUUUGCCUAAUUAUAUCGGUAGCCCUCCAGUUUGUAGACCAGAAUGUACGGUUAGUUCAGAAUGCGCACAAAAUAGAGCAUGUAUCAAUCAAAAAUGCUCCGAUCCUUGCCCGGGAGCUUGUGGAUUACAAACCAAAUGCGACGUUAUUAACCAUAGUCCGAUUUGUAGUUGCCAAGCUAGUUAUACCGGCGAUCCAUUUAGCAGAUGUUAUCCGAUACCUCCACCUCCAGUUGAGCCGGUAGCUACAGAUUUCUGUUCGCCAAAUCCAUGUGGACCUUAUUCUGAAUGUAGAUCUACCGGAAGAGAUUAUACUUGUGUUUGUUUACCUAACUACUUUGGUCAACCGCCUAAUUGUAGACCAGAAUGUACCAUUAAUCCUGAUUGUUCGUCAAACUUGGCGUGUAUCAACCAAAAAUGUGUAGAUCCUUGUCCGGGAUCUUGCGGAGUACAAGCAUUAUGUUCGGUAAGGAACCACGUACCGGCUUGUACUUGUCCUGAAAAAUACAGUGGUGAUCCUUUCACUUAUUGUUCACCGCAAGUUAUAAAACAGCCUGAGGAAAUCGAGCCUUGUAACCCAUCUCCUUGCGGACCAAAUGCUCAAUGUGAUAAUGGAAUAUGUACUUGUUUACCAGAAUAUAGAGGGGAUCCUUACACGGGAUGUCGACCCGAAUGUUUAUUAAACCAAGAUUGCCCUAAGGAUCAAACUUGUAUAAGAAAUAAAUGUAAGGAUCCUUGUCCUGGAACUUGUGGGCAAAAUGCAGAAUGUACCGUUAUCAAUCACAUUCCGACAUGCUCUUGUAUACAAGGAUUCACUGGAAAUGCGUUUGUUGUUUGUAAUCCCAUACCAGUGGAAACUCCCAAAAACCCUUGCAGUCCAUCACCCUGCGGACCCAACAGUCAAUGUAGAGAAAUUAACCAACAAGCAGUUUGCUCUUGCGUGCCAGGUUUCUUAGGUACACCGCCAUCUUGUAGACCGGAAUGUGUUUCUAGUUCAGAAUGCGCGUUAAAUAGAGCUUGCGUUAAUCAGAAAUGUAUAGAUCCAUGUCCUGGAACUUGCGGCAUUAAUUCUUUAUGUCACGUCGUUAAUCACAAUCCUAUAUGCAGCUGUCAAAAUAGAUAUUCGGGAGAUCCGUUCGUAAGAUGUUUACCAAUAAGAGACGAACCAAAAGAACCAAUUAAUCCUUGUCAACCGUCUCCUUGUGGUCCGAAUUCGCAAUGUAAAGCUAUAGGAGAUUCUCCUUCGUGCUCAUGUUUGCCGGAAUUUAUUGGAAGCCCGCCGAAUUGUAAACCGGAAUGUAUCAGUAAUACGGAAUGUCCUAAUAAUCUUGCUUGUAUAAAUCAAAAAUGUAAAGACCCUUGUCCCGGAACUUGUGGCCAAAACGCGGAAUGUAGAGUUGUCAGUCAUACUCCUAAUUGCGUAUGCCUUCCCGGUUUUACUGGGGAUCCAUUCUUCCUGUGUAAUCAGAAUGUUCAAACUUCGUUCGAAAGACCUACCCCUUGUUUGCCCUCCCCGUGUGGAGCUAAUGCCGAAUGUACAGAAAGAAACGGAGCAGGGGCUUGUAAAUGUAUUCCCGAUUACAUCGGAGAUCCUUACGUAGGAUGUAGACCGGAAUGUACUGUAAAUUCCGAUUGUCCUUCGAACAAAGCAUGCGUAAAUAGUAAAUGUAAAGAUCCUUGUCCGGGAGCUUGUGGACAAAACGCUCUAUGUCAAGCGGUCAAUCAUUUACCUUCUUGUACUUGUAUAUCAGGAUAUGAAGGGGAUCCAUACAGAUACUGUACCAUUCUAAUAGAACCUAUUGAAACGCCACCAUCAAAUCCUUGCGAACCAUCACCGUGUGGUCCUAAUAGUCAAUGUAGAGAAGUUAACGAACAAGCGGUAUGUUCUUGUUUGCCAAAUUACAUAGGUACUCCUCCGGGUUGUAGACCAGAAUGUACAGUAAGCUCUGAAUGUAACCUAGACAAAGCGUGUAUAAACCAGAAGUGCGUGGAUCCUUGCCCGGGUAGCUGCGGUCUAAACGCAAACUGUCAAGUAAACAGACACAGUCCGAUAUGUAGUUGUCAGUCAGGAUUUACUGGAGAUCCAUUUAAUAGAUGUUAUAAUUUACCACCGCCACCGCAAGAAAAUAUUUUACCGUCAAAUCCUUGCGUACCGUCACCUUGUGGACCGAAUAGUCAAUGUAGAGAAAUCGGAGGCGUCCCUUCGUGUUCUUGUUUACCAGAAUUUAUAGGAAGUCCACCAUCUUGCAGACCCGAGUGCACUAUUAAUUCAGAAUGUUCUUCGAAUCUUGCUUGCAUCAAUCAAAAAUGUACGGAUCCAUGUCCGGGAUCUUGUGGUUUCCAAGCUGUAUGUAACGUCCUAAAUCACGUACCUACUUGUACUUGUAUCGAAGGAUAUACGGGUGAUCCAUUUACUAAUUGUCAACCUAAGCCGCCAGAACAAAAUAUCAAAAAAGAUCCUUGUAAUCCAUCACCAUGCGGUCCAAAUGCUGAAUGUUUCAAUGGCAUCUGCUCUUGUAUUGACGAGUAUCAAGGAGAUCCUUAUACGGGAUGUCGACCGGAAUGUUUAUUGAAUAAUGAAUGUCCUAAAAAUAGAGCUUGCGUUAGGAAUAAAUGCAUAGAUCCAUGUCCUGGUACUUGUGGACAAAACGCUGAAUGUAGUACCAUUAAUCACAUACCCAGUUGUACUUGCUUACAAGGAUUCGAAGGAAACGCUUUCGUACUUUGUACUGCUAUAACAGUUAAAACGCCGAAGAAUCCUUGCAAUCCUUCACCUUGCGGUCCUAACAGUCAAUGUAGAGAAAUUAACCAACAGGCUGUUUGUUCUUGUGUACCUGGUUUCUUAGGUACACCACCAUCUUGUAGACCCGAAUGUAUUACCAGUUCGGAAUGCUCGUUAAAUAUGGCGUGCGUCAAUCAAAAAUGUAUCGAUCCAUGCCCUGGUACUUGCGGAUUGAAUGCCUUGUGUCAAGUUGUUAACCACAAUCCUAUUUGUACUUGCCCGACAGGUCAAAGCGGUGAUCCUUUCACAAGAUGUUUACCAAUAAGACAAGAACCCGAAAUAAUUACGGAACCUUGCCGGCCAUCGCCAUGUGGCCCUAAUUCUCAAUGCCGCGAAGUUGGAGGUGCUCCAUCUUGUUCAUGUUUACCAGAAUUCAUCGGCACGCCACCAAACUGUAGACCAGAAUGUGUCAGUAAUUCAGAAUGCGCCAAUCACCUAGCUUGCAUCAAUCAAAAAUGCAAAGAUCCUUGUAUAGGCGUUUGUGGACUAAAUGCCGAAUGUAAAGUUAUAAGUCACACGCCAAAUUGUGUCUGCCUGGCAAGCUUUGAGGGUAAUCCAUUCGUACAAUGUUCACCUAAAGUAGAACCAACGAAAAUAGAAAAACCUACUCCCUGUAUACCAUCUCCUUGUGGCGUUAACGCUCAAUGUAGGGAACAAUACGGCGCCGGAGCGUGCGUAUGUUUACCAGAUCAUACGGGUAACCCAUAUGAAGUAUGCAGACCCGAAUGUACACUAAAUUCAGAUUGCCCUUCGAAUAAGGCUUGUAUAAAUAACAAAUGUAAGGAUCCUUGUCCUGGAAGUUGUGGUUUGAAUGCAGAAUGUCAAGUAAUCAAUCACCUACCAGCUUGUAUCUGUAUUUCCGGAUUUACGGGAGAUGCUUCGAAAUAUUGUAGAGUUGUCGAAACGAGUAUCGAAGAUAAACCAAAUCCAUGUCAACCAAGUCCGUGCGGUUUGAACAGUCAAUGUCGCGAAGUUAAUGGACAAGCCGUUUGUUCUUGUCUACCGGAAUAUACGGGUAGUCCGCCAAAUUGUAAACCAGAAUGUACCGUAACGUCAGAAUGUCCGAAAAAUAGAGCUUGUUUGAAUCUAAAAUGUAUCGAUCCUUGCCCAGAAGCUUGCGGUCUCAAUACCGUGUGUAACGUUUUCUCGCACAGUCCAAUCUGUAGUUGUCAAAAUGGUUAUACGGGCGAUCCUUUCACGAGGUGCUAUCAGAUACCACCUCCUCCUCCGGAUAUAAUACCAAUCGAAAACCCAUGCGUACCAUCUCCUUGUGGGCCUAAUAGUCAAUGUCGCGACGUAGGAGGCACGGCGUCUUGUUCCUGUCUGGAAAAUUAUGUAGGAUUACCACCUAAUUGCAUACCAGAAUGUACCAUAAAUUCUGAUUGCUCUAAAAAUUUAGCGUGUAUCCAAUUGAAAUGCAGAGAUCCGUGUUUAGGAGCUUGCGGAUCCGGUGCUAUAUGUAACGUAGUGAAUCAUGUACCGAUAUGUCUAUGUCCUGAAGGAUAUACAGGAGAUCCAUUCAGUUACUGCCAACUAAAACCGCCAGUAGUAGAACCAGUCGAGAAAGAUUCUUGCAAUCCAUCUCCUUGCGGACCUAACGCGCGAUGCGAUGAUGGUAUAUGUACUUGUUUACCGGAAUAUCAUGGAGAUCCUUAUAGGGAAUGUAGACCGGAAUGUGUUUUGAAUACGGAUUGCGCCAGGACUUUAGCUUGUAUUAAUAACAAAUGUAAAGAUCCUUGUAUAGGAACAUGCGGACAGAAUGCUCAAUGUUUCGUAUAUAAUCACAUACCGAGUUGUACGUGCAAUGAAGGGUAUCGCGGAGAUGCUUUUAUCUCUUGUCAACGAAUACCAGAUGAAUUACCAAAGCAGUUAUGCAACCCUACACCUUGUGGUCCAAAUAGUCAAUGUAGAGAAAUAAACGGACAAGCUGUAUGUUCUUGCGUACCAGGAUACAUAGGUUCACCUCCAACGUGCCGACCCGAAUGUAUCACUAGCUCGGAAUGCGCUCUAAAUCAAGCUUGCGUCAACCAAAAAUGUAUCGAUCCUUGUCCCGGUACCUGCGGUCUUAACACAAACUGCCAAGUAGUCAACCAUAAUCCGAUUUGCGUUUGCUUACCGAGAUUUAGUGGAGAUCCAUUCACUAGGUGUUUACCUAUAAAAGAAGAACCAGUAGAAAAACCGGAACCUUGCCAACCGUCACCUUGCGGUCCCAAUUCGCAAUGUAGAGAAAUAAACGGCGCACCGUCUUGUUCUUGUUUACCCGAAUUUAUUGGUACGCCUCCGAAUUGCAAACCGGAGUGUAUCAGCAAUUCGGAAUGUGCGAAUAAUUUGGCGUGUAUAAAUCAAAAAUGCAAAGACCCUUGCCCAGGAAUAUGCGGCGAAAACGCCGAAUGUAAAGUUAUAAGUCACACUCCGAAUUGUGUAUGUUUGCAAAAUUACGUCGGUAAUCCGUUUGUUCGUUGUGAUACACCACCCCCUCAAAUGGAAGAAAUUCACCCCUGCUUCCCUUCGCCGUGCGGCGCUAAUGCCGUUUGCAAAGAACUAAACGGCGCCGGAUCGUGUACCUGUUUGCCUGAAUAUAUAGGCAACCCUUACGAAGUAUGCAGACCGGAAUGUUCGAUAAACUCGGAUUGUCCUUACAACAAAGCUUGUAUAAGAAACAAAUGUAUAGAUCCUUGUCCUGGUACUUGCGGUCAAAACUCGCAAUGUCAAGUUGUAAAUCAUCUACCUUCAUGUAACUGUUUGUUCGGUUAUACCGGAGAUCCGUACGUCUUCUGUAACGUAAUUCGCGAAGUUGAACCUAUUGAAACAAAUCCGUGCACUCCAUCACCAUGCGGACCAAACAGUCAAUGCAGAGAAGUUAAUAAACAAGCAGUAUGUUCUUGUCUACCGAAUUAUAUAGGUAGUCCACCAGGUUGUAGGCCAGAAUGUACAGUAAGCUCUGAAUGUCCACAAAACAGAGCGUGUGUCAAUCAAAAAUGCCUAGAUCCAUGUCCGGGAACAUGCGGUUUGAAUACCAAAUGUAACGUAGUGAAUCACAGUCCUAUCUGUACUUGUAUCAACGGCAAUACGGGCGAUCCUUUCACUAGAUGUUAUCCUUUACCACCUAUAGAACCCGUAGAAACUCGUCAGCCUUGCGAGCCAUCUCCAUGCGGUCCGCAUUCUAUUUGUCAAGAAAUAAACGGAUCGCCAUCUUGUUCGUGCGUUUCGGGUUAUAUAGGAAGCCCGCCAAAUUGUAGACCAGAAUGUACUAUCAAUUCUGAAUGUUCCAGUAAUCUAGCAUGUAUUAACGAAAAGUGUAGAGAUCCGUGUCCGGGUUCUUGUGGUAUAAACGCAAACUGCGCAGUCAUAAACCACGUACCAAUUUGUACAUGCUUCGAAGGAUUUAUCGGUGAUCCUUUCAUAAGAUGUAAUCAAAAGAUAGUUGUACCAGAAGAAAAGCCGAAUCCUUGCAAUCCUUCUCCGUGUGGACCUAACGCUGAUUGUAAUAAUGGUAUCUGUACUUGCAUAUCCGAAUACCACGGAGAUCCUUAUCAAGGAUGUAGACCAGAAUGUGUAUUAAAUAAUGAUUGUUCCAAAGAUAAGGCUUGUAUAAGAAAUAAAUGUGCUGAUCCUUGUCCGGGUACUUGUGGUCAAAAUGCCAAAUGUACCGUUGUUAAUCACAUACCAUCAUGUUACUGCGAAGAAGAUAGAACAGGAAACGCUUUCUUAUCCUGCUCGCUUAUUCCAGCUCCAGUACCAAAGAAUCCUUGUAAUCCUACACCUUGUGGUCCAAAUAGUCAAUGUAGAGAAAUUAACGGACAAGCUGUAUGCUCUUGCGUGCCAGGAUUCGUAGGCUCGCCACCAACGUGCCGACCCGAAUGUAUCACUAGCUCGGAAUGCGUUCUAAAUCAAGCUUGCGUCAACCAAAAAUGUAUCGAUCCUUGUCCCGGUACCUGCGGUCUUAACACAAACUGCCAAGUAGUCAACCAUAAUCCGAUUUGCGUUUGCUUACCGAGAUUUAGUGGAGAUCCAUUCACUAGGUGUUUACCUAUAAAAGAAGAACCAGUAGAAAAGCCGGAACCUUGCCAACCGUCACCUUGCGGUCCCAAUUCGCAAUGUAGAGAAAUAAACGGCGCACCGUCUUGUUCUUGUUUACCUAAUUACAUCGGCUCGGCACCAAACUGUAGACCUGAAUGUGUUAUAAAUACAGAUUGUCCCACUAAUUUGGCUUGCGUCAAUCAAAAAUGUACAGAUCCAUGUCCGGGUGUUUGCGGAACGAACGCAGAAUGUAGAGUCAACUUGCAUACGCCGAAUUGUAUGUGCCUGCCAGGUUUUUCAGGAAAUCCAUUCGUACAAUGCGACAUCUUCAAACCGCCAUCAUUCGAGCAAAUUAAUCCUUGCGUCCCAUCACCGUGUGGUUCUAACGCUAUAUGCAAAGAAAGAAACAACGCUGGAUCUUGCGUAUGCGCACAAGGUUAUAUAGGGAACCCGUACGAAGGCUGUAGACCGGAAUGUUCAGUAAAUUCGGAUUGUCCUUCGAAUAAAGCCUGCAUCAACAAUAAAUGCAGGGACCCUUGUCCAGGAACAUGCGGUCAAAAUGCCGAUUGCCGGGUUAUUAACCAUUUACCAUCUUGUAGUUGUAUUUCAGGUUAUACUGGAGAUCCGUUUAGAUAUUGUAGCGUCAUUCGGAUUGUUGAACCGGAACCACCUCAAAGUCCUUGUCUACCAUCCCCGUGUGGACCGAAUAGUCAAUGUCAAGAUCGAAACGGUUCACCUAUAUGUUCAUGUUUACCAAACUACAUCGGAAGUCCACCGGGUUGUAGACCGGAAUGUACCAUCAGCUCUGAAUGUUCUCUAGAUAAAGCUUGUAUAAAUCAAAAAUGCGUAGAUCCUUGUCCCGGAACUUGCGGUAUCAAUGCUCAAUGUAAAGUUGUGAACCACAAUCCCAUAUGUACAUGCAAUAACGGUAAUACCGGUGAUCCUUUCACAAGAUGUUACCCGAAUCCAGCGCCUCCAGCGGAAAUACCUAAACCUGUCAAUCCAUGUAUCCCAUCACCUUGCGGUUUGAACAGUCAAUGUAGAGAUUUAGGCGGUCAGGCAUUGUGUUCUUGUUUACCAGAUUAUUUCGGAACACCACCAAAUUGUAAACCCGAAUGUAUAGUCAAUUCUGAAUGUUCAAGCGACAGAGCUUGUAUAAAUCAAAAAUGUAAAGAUCCGUGUCCGGGCUCUUGCGGCAUAAGCGCUGUUUGUGAGGUUAGAAACCACAAUGCUAUUUGUAUUUGUCCUCCGGGGUAUACAGGAGACGCCUUCACCUCAUGUUCCCCUAUACCACCACCAAUACCUGAACGUAAAGACCCUUGCUACCCUAACCCAUGCGGACCUAACGCUCAAUGUAUUGAUGGUAUUUGCAAAUGUUACAGUGAAUACCAAGGUGAUCCCUAUGUCGAAUGUAGACCGGAAUGCUUAAUAAAUCAAGAUUGUCCACGUGAAAAAUCUUGUAUAAAUAGAAAAUGUAAAGAUCCUUGUCCGGGAACGUGUGGACAAAACGCCGAAUGUACAGUAUUCAAUCAUUACCCUUCGUGUACAUGUCUCCCAGGUUAUUCGGGAGAUGCUUUCGUUAUUUGUAAUAAAAUAGAGAAACCGCCACCGACGAACCCUUGCUACCCUUCACCUUGCGGACCCAACAGUCAAUGUAGGAACCUUAACGAUCAAGCGAUCUGCUCAUGCGUCCCAGGUUAUUUAGGUACACCGCCCUCUUGUCGACCAGAAUGCGUUAGUAGCUCAGAAUGCUCCCUAAAUCGAGCUUGUAUAAAUCAGAAAUGCGUAGAUCCUUGCCCAGGUACUUGCGGUAUCGACGCCUUAUGUCAAGUCGUUAACCAUAACGCUAUUUGUACGUGUCCCGAAAAAUAUAGCGGCGAUCCGUUUAUUAGAUGUCAAUUUAAAAUAGGUAUGUCGAUUUACAACAAAAUUGAAAUAAAACACACUAUAUUAAUUCCUACUUUGAUCAUAGAACAACCCGCCGAGGUCGAAAACCCAUGUCAACGAAACCCUUGCGGCUUAUACGCUCAAUGUGAACCUACUCCAACAGGUACAGCUAAAUGUACAUGUCUAGCCAAUUAUAUAGGCUCUCCACCGAACUGUCGCCCAGAAUGUCAAAGUAACAGCGAUUGCGCUAAAGAUUUAGCGUGUAUCAACCUCAAAUGUAAAGAUCCUUGCGCCGGAUCCUGCGGAUUAAACGCUAAAUGUCUCGUAGUGAACCACAUCCCCAAUUGCUUGUGUAUAGAUAAAUAUGUAGGAGAUCCUUUCACUAUGUGUCAUCCACAACCUGUUACCCCCGCACCGAUACCAGAAAAUCCAUGCUCGCCAUCACCGUGCGGACCAAACGCUCAAUGCCGCAUCCAAUCGAACUACGCGGUAUGCGAAUGCUUACCGGAAUACCGCGGUAAUCCGUACGAGCUUUGCAAACCGGAAUGUUUAUCCAACGCUGAUUGUACCAUGAAUAGAGCGUGCAUAAAAAGUAAAUGCGUGGAUCCUUGUCCUGGUACGUGUGGUGUUGGAGCCGAAUGCUCGACAACAAACCAUUUCCCAGUAUGUUCCUGUCCUGAAGGGUAUACAGGAGAUGCUUUCACUUUAUGCAGACUUCUUCCAGAACCGGCACCUAGGAAUCCAUGUAAUCCAUCCCCUUGCGGUAUCAACACUGCCUGUCGCGUAUCCGGCCAAAACGCCGUAUGCGAAUGCCUUCCUGGCUUCUUUGGAACACCAACAGCAGGAGGUUGUAAACCGGAAUGUACAAUCAGUGCUGAUUGUGACAGAAAUAAGGCAUGUUUGAAUCAAAAAUGCGUAGAUCCAUGUAGGGGUACUUGCGGAUUCGCCGCCAUUUGCCACGUCAUCAACCACAGUCCUGUUUGUAGUUGUCCGACCCCAUUAAUAGGCGAUCCGUUUACGUUAUGCACAGAACCGCCUAAAGAUAAAGUCGAAGAUCCGUGCAACCCAUCGCCUUGCAACCUAAACGGAGAAUGCAGGGUUGUAAAUGGAGCAGCUGUUUGUAUAUAUCCCGAAUGUAUUAUCAACCAGGAUUGUCCGAGAGAUAGGGCGUGUUAUUCACAAAAAUGCAGAGAUCCUUGCCAAGGAGCUUGUGGAAUCAACGCAUUAUGCCAAGUCGUUAAUCACAGAGCUAUUUGCUCGUGUCCACCCGGACAUAUAGGUUCGCCGGAAGUACAAUGUCUGAUUGAAGAAGAACCUCAACCUAAAGUAGAAUGUACUAGAGAUUCAGAUUGUACUAACGACAAGGCUUGCUUAAACAACAGAUGUAUGAGUCCUUGUACUACCAGUCUUUGCGGUCAAAACGCCGAAUGCAGAGUUCAACUACAUAGAGCUAUUUGUACCUGCAGAGAUGGUUUUACUGGUAACGCCCAACAAGCUUGCUUCGAAAUAGGAUGUAGAGCCGAUUCAGAAUGUCCGCCGACAUUAGCUUGCGUAAACAAAGAAUGCGUCGAUCCUUGUUCAUUUACUUCUUGCGGACUAAACGCAAUUUGUAAAGGCGAUUAUAAUCACAAAGCUCGAUGUUAUUGUCCCAACAACUUCAAAGGAGAUCCCUUUGUGAGAUGCGAAAGACCGGAAUGUACAACUGACGACGAAUGUCCUUACAACUUGGCUUGUAGAAGCGAAAGAUGUUACGAUCCUUGCAACUGCGGAAAAGGAGCUGUUUGUAGAACAACUAAUCACAGACCUCAAUGUUCUUGUCCACCUGGUUACGUCGGAAAUCCUCUAGUCGGUUGCGAUGUAGAGCCCGAAGUACAACCUGAAUGUAGACAAGAUGCGGAUUGUCCAAAGACAUUGGCUUGCUUCAAUGGAGUAUGUAAGAACCCUUGCUUCGAAACGAAUCCUUGCGGAAAGAACACUCAAUGUUUGGUAAUCGAUAGUUUACCGUUGAGGACAAUGUCUUGUAUGUGUCUACCUGGAUAUGUUGGUGACGCUGAUACAGAAUGUAAACGAGAGCCAAAACCGGAGCCUGGUUGUAGAAGCAGCAGCGAAUGCCCAGCAACUGACACAUGCAUCAAUCGGCAAUGCGUAAACCCUUGCGCGGUCAGUAAUCCUUGCGCACCUAACGCCCAAUGUACGCCUAUAGAUCACAAAGCUGUCUGCAAAUGUCCUAACGAUCUUAUUGGAAAUCCAUUCGUGAAAUGUUAUAUGCAGCCGCAGACUAAACCCGAAUGUCAAGCCGAUUCGGAAUGUUCCAACGACAAAUCUUGUAUCAAUCAAAAAUGUCAAAAUCCUUGUGAACUGGCUAACCCUUGUAGCGCUCAGGCCGAAUGCAGAACUAGUUUCCAUAGGCCGACGUGUUCGUGUCCACUUGGCUGGUUAGGCAAUCCACAAAUAGCAUGCUACAAACCGGAAUGUACUUCCCAUCAAGACUGUCCUUACGACAAAGCUUGCAUCCACGAAAUUUGUCAAAACCCAUGUUCAUCAUUGUCAUGCGGAAACGGCGCAGAAUGCAUCGUCGAGCGCCACAUUCCACAAUGUCGAUGUCCCUUAGGAACGCAGGGUAAUCCAUUAAUAUCCUGCAUCACCGGUAUAUGCCACUACAACGAAGACUGCGCCGACCACGAAGCGUGCGAUAGAUUAAACAGAGUAUGCCGACCCGUAUGUGACGAAGACACUUGCGCAGACAACGCGCAGUGCGUCGGACAAAGACACGAACCAAAAUGUACUUGUCCUGCCGGUACUACCGGUAAUCCUUUCAUCAAAUGCGUUGGUCUACUACCGCCGGAACCGGCGUGUACUUCUGAUUCAGAGUGUCAACCUCAAACUGCUUGCAUCAACAGCCGCUGUAUGAAUCCUUGUAAAACGGAAAACGUAUGUAGCGCCGAUCAAGAAUGUCUAGUAUUAGACACUCUUCCUUUAAGAACGAUAAUGUGUCAAUGUCCUCCGGAUACUAUAGUUGAUUCUACAGGACGAUGUGUUAAAUUGAUUUCACCGAAACCAGAAUGCGUGAUAGAUUCCGAAUGCAGAGACAGCGACAAAUGUAUCGGCGGUAUCUGUAUAGAAGCAUGCAGAGUUGAUAAUUGCGGAGUCAAUGCACUUUGCACUUCCACUAAUCACCAAGCGAUUUGUACAUGUUCUCCUGGAUACACAGGAAACCCGCAUUACGAAUGCGCGAACGUGCCUAAACAUCCAAUAGCCGUACCAGAACCGGAAUGUUAUCGGGAUAGCGACUGUACUCUCGACAGGACUUGUAAAAACGAACGAUGUAUAAAUCCUUGUAUCGUCGAAAAUCCUUGCGCCAGAACCGCAUUCUGUUCAGUGAGGUACCAUCGAGCUGAAUGUAAAUGCCCAGAAAACUACGAAGGAAAUCCAUUAGUUGACUGUAUAGCACCGCUUGGACCGACUGUGGGAUGUACAUCAAACUCUGACUGUUCUCGAAGCGAAUCUUGCAUCAAUCGCAUCUGCGCAAGUCCGUGCAACUGUGGUCCAAACGCGGAAUGUAAAGUAAUAAACCAUUAUCCGACAUGUUAUUGUAAACCAGGAUUUUCCGGUAACCCUCAAUCAGGAUGCGUUAAAUUAGGUUGUCAAUCAGAUAACGAAUGCUCCAACGAUAAACAAUGUUACAACGGACAGUGCAUCAAUCCUUGCAUACUAGGAAAUCCUUGCGCCAAAAAUGCCGAAUGUUACGGUAAAAAUCACAGAGCGACUUGCAAAUGUCUGUCAGGAUUUGAAGGAAACCCGUUAACUAGAUGCGAGAGGAUAGAGUGUUACGUAGAUAAUGAUUGUCCGAAUAACAGAGCUUGUAUGGAACAACGUUGUGUAGAUCCGUGUUCGUCUAUCGUGGAACCACCUUGUGCCCAAAACGCCUUUUGUCACGUCACCAACCAUCUAGCAGGAUGCUACUGCCCUCCAAAUCUACCAGAAGGCAAUCCCUUAUCGUAUUGCAUACCAAGACAAGACAAAAAAGAACCGCAAUGUCAGUACGACAAAGACUGUCCGAGUAAAUUAGCUUGUAUACGAAACGAAUGUGUCAAUCCAUGCGAAAUUUUAUCUCCAUGUCAUCCGACAGCCCAAUGCAGCGUUUCUGACACCGUUCCAGUAAGAACAAUGUUAUGUAGUUGUCCUGAGGGAUGGGUACCGAACGAAAACGGCGAAUGUCAUCCUGUACUUGUACCAAUACCUCCUGGUUGUACCAGCGACAGCGACUGCUCAGAUGAAGAAGCUUGUAUCAACAGAUUAUGUACUACCCCUUGCGAUUGUGGUGCAAACGCCGAUUGCAGAGUGCAAAACCACAGAGCUAUUUGUUCGUGCAAAGAAGGUUUCGAAGGGAAUCCUAAUCUUGUAUGUCGCGCGGUAGGAUGUAGAGUCGAUUCCGAAUGCGUAUCUGGGAAAGCUUGUAUCAAUGGAAACUGCAUCAAUCCAUGUCUAGUAAAAGAUAAUUGUGGAAUCAAUGCCGAAUGUUUCGUUUAUCAAAAUAGAGCCGAAUGUAGAUGUGCUUCGGGCUAUAGAGGUAAUCCACUAGAACGGUGUACGGUCAUAGGAUGUCUUUCAAAUAGCGAUUGUCCUAACGAAAGACAAUGUAUAAACGCCCAAUGCAUCAAUCCAUGCAUAUACGAUAAUCCGUGCUCGCCAAGAGCCGAAUGCAGCGUCCAUAACCAUCUCGCAGUUUGUAGAUGUCCACCAGGUCUAGUCGGUAAUCCUUACUUUGAUUGUAUACCGGAGCCUCAACCGGAAUGUAAGGAAGAUUCAGAUUGCCCGUCUCGAUUGGCUUGCCUGAACAACAAAUGUCAAGAUCCGUGCGCCGUUUUGGAACCAUGUAAACGGCCGGCCGAAUGUCAAGUAAUAGGAACCGUCCCCGUUCGUACGAUGAUUUGUGUUUGUCCGCCUGGUUAUAUAAGCAGCGGCAGUGGUACUUGUAACCUCGUCAUAGAGGGAGCUUGUGCCAGCGACAGCGACUGUCCAUCGAACAAAGCUUGCUUUAAUGGUAUUUGUAAGGAACCAUGUAAUUGCGGACCUAACGCGGAAUGUAGAAUCAAAAAUCACAAACCAAUUUGUACAUGCGAAGAAGGUUUCGAUGGAAAUCCGGAGUUGGGAUGUCACAAGGUAGGCUGUAGAGCCGACAGCGAGUGUUCUCCACAACAUACCUGCAUCAACAAGAAAUGUAUACCAGUAUGCGCAGCAGAUGGUUCAUCGUGUGGAGACAAAGCAAUAUGCUACGGCUACAACCACCGCGCCGUAUGCGACUGUCCACCAGGUCUACAGGGUAAUCCGAGAAUAUCUUGUAGCGUCGUCGGUUGUAGAACAGAUACGGAUUGUCCCACGAAUCGUGCUUGUAUAAACAACAAAUGCGAAUUACCGUGCGCCGUAGCCAAUCCGUGCGAUUCUCAAUCUUUGUCUGAAUGUAAAGUUUAUAAUCACGUUGUAGAAUGUAUUUGCCCACCUGGAACGAUUAGCGAUGGAAAGAUGGGUUGUAUUAGAAGAGAGGAGAAAUGUAGAGUCGAUUCUGAUUGUCCUACGCAAUUCGCUUGUAUCGGAUUUGAAUGUGUUAACCCUUGUAACGCUACAGAACCUUGCGGCAUCAACGCCGAUUGUACCGUCCUAGAUACGAGACCGGUUAGAACGAUGGUAUGCAUCUGUUUACCUGGUUAUCAAGGAAAUGCCGCUGUACGAUGUAAUCCAGUUGCGGUGUGUAGAGAAGACAAAGGUUACGUACAAACACCUGACGGUCGUUGCGAGUGCGCGCCAAAUCUAGCGCUCAAUGAAAACUACGAAUGCGUUCCUUGUCCGACCGAUAAAGGUCUCAAAGUUAACGAGCGAGGUCAUUGCGUCUGCGCUUUAGAAAAAGGACUUAUUAUAGACGAGCGUGGUAAUUGCGUCUGUCCGUUAGAACUCGGUUAUCAUUUCGAUAAGACAGGAAACUGUGUACCGGACGCUGGACCGAAUUGCGAAACUGACGACGAUUGCCCCGAUCACAAAUACUGCAAUCAAAUAACGAAAACGUGCGAAGACGCUUGUAGAUUGACGCAUUGUGGGGUAAACGCUUUCUGUAAUGCUACAAAUCACGUUGGAAAAUGUCAAUGUAUAACUGGAUAUACGGGCGAUGCCGAAAUAAUGUGCAAUCAAACUUCUGUCAUCAAAUUCUUUAAGAAACCAGAUCUCACCGUCAAUUGUCUAUCCGAUGGUAUUCAAGUGGAAAUCAGUCUUACCGAACUGGACUUUGAUGGGGUCUUGUACGUUAAAGGUCACAGUAAGGACGAGAAAUGCCGAAGGGUUGUUACUAAUGAAACGGGAGAACGUAUCGAAUAUUUCAAAGUACAUUUCGGUGAAUGUGGACUCAUCCAUCUCAACGGUGAAGCAAGUUUCGUUUUGGUGAUACAGAAACAUCUAAAAUUAGUGACCUACAAAGCUCAAGCUUAUCAUAUCAAGUGCGUUUAUCACACGGGCGAGCAAAACGUCACUUUAGGAUUCAAUGUUUCCAUGUUAACUACAGCCGGAACUAUCGCCAAUACAGGUCCACCACCGACGUGUCUAAUGAAGAUAGUAACACCUACAGGAGAAGAAAUUAACGCCGCCGAAAUCGGUGAUAAUCUGAUGCUUCAAGUUGAGGUGCAACCCGGUUCGAUAUACGGAGGUUUUGCUAGAAGUUGUGUUGCUAAAACUAUGGAGGAUUCGAUAGAAAACGAAUAUAUCGUUACCGAUGAAAACGGUUGCGCUACCGAUCCAACGAUAUUUGGAGAAUGGGAUUAUAAUCCGGAUACGCAGAGUUUGUUGGCUAGUUUCAACGCUUUCAAGUUCCCUAGUAGCGAUAAUAUCAGAUUCCAAUGUAAUAUUAGGGUGUGCUUUGGAAAAUGUCAACCGGUAAAUUGUCGAGGUUAUAACGCGUUUGGAAGAAGAAAGAGAUCAACUGAUAACGAAGAAAACGAUACUGAUUUAGCCGCAAGUGGAGAUCUUUUAUCCGGGCAGCUUAGAGAAGAAGUAACCAUACAAUCUAACGCCAUAUUAACAUUAGAAAGACGGGAAGAGAAAUAUCCCGAUCCACAAACCGCUGCAAAUGCUCAAAGAGCGGAAGAUAUUUGCGUCUCUAUGAUAGGUUUCAUCAUUGCCUUGAUCAUCACUGCCCUGCUGGCCUUGGUUGCUGUAGCCGUUGCUGUGUCUUGUUGGUUGAUGGCUUAUCGUCGCAGGCCUAAAUCGACAGGACCACUACCACAUCCGCCAGAAUUUCCGAAUCCACUAUUCACAACACCGGAACCAAUGGCAGAACCAAGUCCAGACUACCUCACAUAAGGAAAUAAUACUACUAAAAAAUAUAUAAAAUACUCGAAAUCGUCCGUUAUUGUAAAUUUGGUUCGUAAUAGACAGAUUACUUCUUGAAUCCGUCCAAAAUGCUACUCAUAGAAAUACUGCCGAAAAUAAGUACUUCUGUUACGAACGAAAAUAGCGAAUAUUAAAUAAACUAUGGGAACGUGUACCUACAACAUUAACUGCCAUUCAAACAUUCGUACAAAUCUCUAUUUUAUCGACGGAGUUUUGACGUUGUUGACAGAAGGAGAUAUUACGAGCAGUAGUUACACAUUCCCGACUAUCUUUUCCAUAGGCUGCAAGUAACCAGUGUUUUUAUACAGACAAGGGAAAAAUUGGGUGGUGGUUUUUAACGCUUUAAUAAAAAAAAUCUCGAACUACAAUAUAUAAGGCCCUUGCUUUUUUAUGUACAUGCAUUUUUCUCGUUUUCUCUUUGUUUUUAAGUCUGUUGUAUAUAUGUGUUGUAUUUUCUCUUCGACAGCCUUUGGAAGAUGUAGAGAUUUACUUUAGUUUAAGAAUAUAAAUAAAAUAAUUCUUACGAGUCUGUAUAAAGUGUAUGAAUGCGGAAAAGUAUGGGGAGAAGAAUCUCCUGAAAGUAUAAUGGUGCUGACUGAUUAUUAUUUUUUAUAUAUUUGAAGCAGUCAAAGAUUUAGUCAAUCAAUUUUUUAGUUCAUAAGUUGAGAGUUUCGUUUUAACCACGUAUCGAAAUAAAAUAAAAAUGAAUAGUGUUUAUUUUUGACAACGAUUCUCCGUCACUUGAAAUCUUUUUUAUUAUUAUCAUAUGCUAUUUAACUAAUUUCAUUUUUUAUUUAUAUUUUGUGUCCCUUCUUUUGUAAAAUGACGUUCUAACUUCUUUAAAAAAAAUUGUCAUUUGUGAUAAUCGCUUCUAUAAUAAAAAUGAUUGUUCAAUAUUA